GCGCGCGCUCCACACUAUCCGCUAACUAUUCGCAAUCGACCGACGUCUUGGUUGUUGGACUUGGGUUAUAAUGACUUGACUUCUGCUAAAUGAACCCGUGGACUACUAGUAUAAGUUAUAAGUGGCGUAUUAUCAAGAGUUCCGUAAGGACAAGUAGCGUCGAGUGAGAGUUUUUUGUGCGUUGUGCUGCGCCGCGGCGUGAUGGAGAAGCAGUCGAGGUGGUCCUCGGAGCAGCGCUCCGAGCAGCACUCGGAGCAGCACUCGGAGCGGCGCGUGCAGCAGGAGCGCGUGCAGCGCACCGAGCACCACUACUCGCGCCAGAUGAUGACCCAGCACCAGGUGGAAAGCACCGGGGGCGACCGUCUGGCUAUCGCAUCGGGCAGGCCCGGCGAUCCCUCGCCGCCGAUAUUCGAGCAAAUCUUUAAGAAUGCGAGAUUUGCGCAAGGCGGCAACGCUAAGUUCGAGGGGAAACUUCGCGGAAACCCCACGCCCGUCGUCUCGUGGACCAGAAAGAAGGCCCCGCUGGUAGAGUGCAACAAGUACAGCAUGAGCUACAACGAGCAGACCGGCGACGUGUCGCUGCUCAUCAAGCAGAUCGGGCCUGGCGACGAGGGCGAGUACACCUGCACGGCCCGCAACCAGUACGGAGAAGCCAUCUGCUCCGUGUACAUCCAGCCCGAGGGCGUGCCCGUCCCCGCACAUCAAACCUCGCAGCAGCACCAGAGCUAUCGCCACGUCAGUGAGAGCGUCGAGCACAAAUCCUACGGCACCCAGGGCUACAGCUCGGAACAGACACGACAGACACAGAAAGUAGCCUACACCAACGGAUCCGACUACUCCUCCACCGAGGAUUUCAAAGUAGACACAUUCGAAUACAGACUCUUGAGGGAGGUCUCCUUCAGAGAAACUAUCACGAAAAGAUACGUAGGAGAAACCGACAUUCACAUUAGCACAGAAAUCGAUAAAUCACUUGGUGGUGUGUCUCCACCGAAAAUUGCACAGAAACCAAGGAAUUCCAAAUUACAGGAGGGAGCAGACGCUCAAUUCCAAGUGCAAUUAUCGGGCAACCCCAGGCCGCGAGUAACGUGGUUCAAGAACGGGCAGAGGAUAGUCAACUCGAACAAGCACGAAAUCGUAACGACACAGAAUCAUACGACACUUAGGGUAAGAAACACACAAAAGUCUGAUAAUGGCCACUACACAUUACUGGCCGAGAACCCUAACGGAUGCGUUGUCACUUCGGCGUAUCUAGCUGUAGAAUCUCCUCAAGAAACUUAUGUACAGGAUCACAAAUCUCAAUACAUUAUGGAUAGCCAGCAGACAGGGAUCGAAGAAAGAGUAGAAAUUAGUGAAAAAGCUCUUGCUCCGCAAUUUGUAAGAGUCUGCCAAGACCGAGAUGUCACGGAAGGCAAAAUGACGCGAUUCGAUUGCCGCGUCACAGGCAGACCUUACCCAGAAGUCACGUGGUUCAUUAACGAUAGACAAAUUCGAGACGAUUAUAAUCAUAAGAUAUUAGUAAACGAAUCUGGUAAUCAUGCACUUAUGAUUACAAACGUCGAACUCAGUGACAGUGGCGUAGUGACGUGCAUUGCGCGCAACAAGACUGGAGAAACGUCUUUCCAAUGCAGACUGAACGUUAUCGAGAAGGAGCAAGUAGUAGCUCCGAAGUUCGUAGAGCGCUUCAGCACGAUGAACGUGCGGGAAGGUGAGUCCGUCGUGCUGAGAGCGCGCGCAGUCGGCACCCCUACGCCACGGAUCACAUGGCAGAAGGACGGCGUUCCGAUUAUACCCAAUCCAGAGUUACGAAUCAACACCGAUGGUGGGGCCUCGACGCUGGACAUCCCUCGAGCCAAGGCGUCGGACGCGGCAUGGUACCAGUGCACCGCCCAGAACGUCGCAGGCUCCACCGCCACUCGGGCGAGGCUCUACGUUGAAGUGCCGAAAGAGCCGCCGCCUGAACAGAAGCGUCUUCACUUACCGCGGCCUACGAAAAUCAUUGAGCCAGAGCCAGCUCCUGGACCAGAAAUCAUAUAUUUGAGGCACGUGGAAAGAGCAAGACCUUACAUUCCUCCGGGCGAGGAGGAUCGCGUCUAUCCUCCGCCACAGUUUAUUGUGCCACUCAAAAGCGUCACGCAGAUGGAGGGUGGCAAAAUUCACUUUGAGACGAGGAUAGAACCCGUUGGCGAUCCAACGAUGAAGAUAGAAUGGCUGAAGAAUGGACAGAGUAUCGAAGCCAGUUCAAGGUUCACGUCAAUAUUCCGAUUUGGUUACAUUUCUCUCGACAUGCUCAGUCUCAACAUUCAAGAUAGCGGCGAGUACACUUGCCGUGCUAUAAGCGCGACCGGCGUUGCCGAGACCAAAGCUUUCUUACAAGUUACACCGCGCGCUACGAUCGAAAGGACGAGCCAACACCCAGAGAGUUUGCAGUACAUUCAACAGCUUGAAGACUACUCUAGGUACCAACACCAAGAAUCAAUAGAGGAACAAACUUCACAAAGGCCACAAUUUAUCAGGCCCUUACAAGAACUCGGCGAACUUCAAGAAGGAAGGAACGCUCAUUUCGAGGGACAGCUCACGCCUGUGAGCGACCCUACAAUGAGAGUCGAGUGGUACAAGGAUGGCAGACCCAUUACAGCCAGCUCGCGAAUCACGUCAAUCUUCAACUUCGGUUACGUCUCCCUAAACAUCAUGCACCUACGGGCUGAAGAUGCAGGUUCGUACACAGUGAGGGCUGUAAACAAACUGGGCGAAGCUGUCAGUACGGCGUCUAUUAGAGUAGCAGCUAGAAGUACUGUGACUGCUGACCUCGGAAUACCUGAACAGCGACGAUACAUCGAAAAGACUGAGCAGUUAGAAGCCUACCAGCAACAACAACACCAAAAAUACUAUCAGGAAGUUCCUGAAAGCACUCAAAAACCAGAGUUCAAGACUCCGAUCAGGGAUCAAAUUAAUAUUAAAGAAGGAGGCUUCGCGCACUUCGAAGCACGUCUUGAACCUGUCGGAGAUUCAACUUUGAAAGUAGAAUGGUUGAAGGAUGGACGCCCAGUUGAGGCGAGUUCUAGAAUAACUACAUUUUUCAAUUUCGGAUAUGUAGCAUUAACAAUUAAGUCAGUAACCGUCCAUGACGUCGGCCACUACACUUGCCGAGCUUACAACGCUCUUGGACAAGCUACUACAAGCGCCAAAUUAACAAUUGUUACAAAAAAAGAUAUAAUUGCUGAAUCUCAGCAUCCUGGCGGCCUUGAAAAGAUUCAGCAUCUUGAAGAUUCAAGCAGAUACAUGAGGCGGUCUGAGGAGGAAGUUAAAGUAACUCAAAAGCCUCGUUUCUUGGGACCAUUAAAGGGAACAAAUAAGAUUGUCGAAGGCCAGGGUGCUCACUUUGAGGCCAGAGUAGAGCCUCAGAGCGACUUAACAAUGACUGUGGAGUGGUAUUUUAAUGGUAAGCAGAUAAAGUCUGCCAAUCGCAUACAAACAUAUCACGAUUUUGGAUACGUUGCGUUGGAUAUCUCUAGUGUCCGCGCAGAAGACUCCGGUGUCUACACUGUAGUCGCUCGUAACGCAGCUGGAGAAGCGCAACUCAGCGCUUCUAUGACCGUUGAAACCCGCUCAAGCAUCGACACUUCCAGCAUUCACAGAGGCUUAUACGAGAAAACAAGGCAAAUGGAAGAAUCAAAAUUCGUGGAGCCUAUGUACGUAAUUGAAGAAAUUUCGAAAUCGAAACCAGUAUUUGUGCAACCUCUGACUGAUCCAAAGCCAGUAUCUGAGGGAAAAAAUAUUCAUCUUGAGUGCCGUCUCGAGCCUAUGGGUGACCCAACAAUGAGAGUGGAAUGGUUCCACAAUGGUCGCGCUGUAACAGUCGGCUCACGAUUUAGAACGUACUACGACUUUGGUUUCGUAGCACUGGACAUAAUUCACGCAACAUCUGUAGAUACCGGCGAGUACACAGUAAGGGCUGUGAACCAUCUUGGUUCAGCCCACACUUCAGCUAUGGUCCGAGUCAUUGAAAGAUCGGAUAUUGUGACCGACACACAGAAUGAACAAGCCGUCGAACAAAUUCAAAUGCUGGAAGAUGCUGCAAGGAGAAACCGACAAGUUCAGGAGGACAUCACCGUCAUGCAAGCACCUCAAUUCUCUAGAGCGUUACAUAACAUUGAAACAGUUGAAGGCACCAACGUGCAUUUGGAAUGUAGACUGCAGCCAGUGGGCGAUCAAACCAUGCGAGUAGAGUGGUUCUGCAACGGCAGACCUAUUAAGACUGGUCACAGGUUCAGACCAGCUUACGAGUUUGAUUAUGUAGCGCUUGAUCUCUUAAGCGUGUACCCAGAAGAUUCCGGUGUAUACACGUGCCAGGCCACCAAUCAACUCGGCGAAGCAGUCACAUCUUGCGCAUUACGUGUGAUUGCCAAGAAAGAUUUGAUAUUUGACUCUCAACAUCCAUCGGGUCUUGAGAAAAUUCAAUACUUAGAAGAUACAUCACGUUACAAGAAAUCUGAGGUUAUUGAUGAAUCCAUAAACAUUAAACCUCACUUUGUAACUAAACCCAAAUCAAUUGAAAAUGUGGUCGAAGGACAUCACGUCCAUUUCGAGUGCAAGCUGGAACCAGUUACAGAUUCAAACCUAAAGGUAGAGUGGUUCAAAAAUGGUAAACCAGUGACUAUCGGACAUAGGUUUAGGCCUAUCCAUGAUUUCGGCUAUGUAGCGUUAGAUAUUAUUGAUCUGAUUGCAGAAGAUUCUGGAAUUUACACAUGUAGAGCUGUCAACUUAGUAGGCAGUGACGAGGUAAGCUGCAGGUUGACGUGUCGUGGGACUGCAGACAUAAUAAGAGCUACUCAAAAUGAGGCUGGCUUAGAACAGAUCCAGGUUCUCGAGGACAGAUCCAGAUACCACAGAUCAGAUGUCAUGGAUGAAAUCACAACACAAGCGCCAAUUUUCACAACUUCCUUAAAGAAUAUUGAAAUCAAAGAAGGUCAACGCGCCCACUUCGAGUGCAGAUUGAUCCCAGUAUCAGACCCGACUAUGAAAGUAGAGUGGUAUCACAAUAACAAACCACUAAAAAGCGGUUCAAGGUUCACCGAAACUAAUAAUUUCGGUUUUGUGGCUCUGGAUAUUAUGUCGUGUUUGCCUGAAGACUCAGGUACAUACACUUGUAGGGCUAUUAACGCUCUUGGGGAAGCAGUCACUUCUGGAAUCGCUAUAGUCCAUUCUAAGAAAUCAAUUUAUUUGGAAUCGCAGCACGAAGGUGCAUUGCCAAGAUUGAAUCAGCUGGAAGAUACAUCGAGAUAUCAACGUCAUAGUGCACAAGAAGAGUUCACCACUCAAGCACCAGUAUUCACUAUGCCAAUGAAGGACAUUAAGGUGGCUGAAAACCAGGCAGCUCACUUUGAAGCUAGACUUAUCCCCGUUGGAGAUCCUAAAUUACGGGUAGAAUGGCUCCGAAACGGUGUACCCAUUGAAGCAUCUAACCGUUUAACCACCAUGCACGAUUUCGGAUAUGUCGCACUUAAUAUGAAGUAUGUGAACCCAGAGGAUUCCGGGACCUACACGUGCCGUGCUAUCAAUGAACUGGGAGAGGCUGUGACGUCAUCAACAUUAUUUGUUCAAUCUAAAGCCUCUCUGCAAUUGGAAUCUCAGCAUGAGAGUGCUCUGGAGAAAAUACAGCAGCUCGAAGACUCCUCUCGCCAUCAACGUAGAGAAGAUGUCGAGAUAGCCGUUAACCAGGCACCUAGGUUCAUCACUCAACUGAAUGGUCCUUCUAGACUUGUUGAAGGCCAGAGCGCUCACUAUGAGUGCCGCAUUGAGCCUUACCCUGACCCGAACAUGCGAGUUGAGUGGUACUUUAACGGGAAGGUCCUGCAGAGUGGUCACAGGUACCGCACUGCUUACGAUUUCGGAUUUGCUGCUCUUGAUAUACUCACAGUAUACGGCGAAGACUCUGGUGAAUACACAUGCAAGGUUAUUAACAAUCUGGGCCAGGCUAUCUCUUCUAUUAAAUUAAACGUUCAAUCCAAGGAAUCUAUCAUUAGAGACACUCAACAUGAAAGCGCACUUGAAAAAAUUCAGUACCUUGAAGAUGACAGCAGAUACAAACGAGUGGUUCGUGACGAGAGCUUUAUCGCCGAAAAGCCACAGUUUGGCAAGCCCCUGAAGAAUGCACAAGUAGCUGAGGGCCAGCCGGUACAUUUGGAAGCUACGCUCACCCCUGUCAACGACCCUACGAUGCGCGUUGAAUGGUACUGUAACGGCAGACCAGUUCAACAAGGUCAUCGUUUCAAGACAACUUAUGACUUUGGUUACGUUGCAUUAGAUAUUCUGUAUGCUUAUGGUGAAGAUACUGGCACCUACAUGUGUAAGGCGACUAAUGCCGUUGGUGAAGCUGUAACCACCAGCUCUGUAAAAGUAGACGCCAAAUCCGGAUUAUAUCUGGAUACACUUGAUGAACAACGAUUGAAGAAGAUUCAAGAACUAGAAAGAUAUGAAAGACCUAAAGCUGUAGAAGAAGAGAAACCGGGGCAAAAGCCUGUCUUCUUGACAGCUCUUACUAGCCUUGAGAACCUUAAAGAAGGAGAUCAUGCCCACUUUGAAUGCAGAGUAGAACCUAUAAAUGAUCCUGACUUAAAACUGGAAUGGUUCCUCAAUGGGCAAAAGAUUAGAGCCGGUCACAGGUACAGAACGACACAUGACUUUGGUUACGUCGCGUUAGAUAUUCUGUACACUUAUUCUGAGGAUUCUGGAACUUACAUGUGUAAAGCCACAAACAAGCUCGGUGAAGCAGUCAACACAUGCACGUUGAAGGUUGCAGGGCACAGGAGUAUUAUUUUGGAUACUCAACAUCCAAAUGGUCUUGAGAAAAUUAGACAGCUCGAAGCACAAGGUCACCACACAAGAUUAGAAGUGGAGGAGCCCAAAAUUAGCCCACCACGAUUUGUUACUGAACUUAGAGGAACAACACAUGUUUUCGAGGGUAAAACAGCUCACUUCGAAUGCCAGGUUGAACCUGUACAUGAUCCUAAUUUGCGCAUUGAAUUUUAUCACAACGGUAAAGCCCUGCAAUCUGCCUCACGGUUCCAUAUCACUUUUGAUUUUGGUUACGUGUCAUUGGAUAUUCAGCACUGUGUUCCUGAAGAUGCUGGCGAAUACUCAGUGAAGGCAAUCAACGCCCUUGGACAAUGCACUUCCUCGAUAUCCAUGACAGUAACCGCAAAAGGUAGUAUUUUAUCGGAAUCUCAACGUCCCGAAGGCUUAGAGAAGAUCCGAGAGCUAGAAUCAGCAGAACCAUUUAAGCGGCCUGAAAUCCCGGAACCAGUAACAAGGCAGAGGCCUGUCUUCACACAGCCUCUACAGAACAUCGACAACAUUCAAGAAGGACAAACAGCGCACUUUGACUGCAGACUAAUUCCUGUUGGCGACCCCACACUUAAAGUGGAAUGGUUCAGAAAUGAGAAACUCAUUGAAGAUAGUUCUAGAAUUACGAAGACUCACGACUUCGGUUAUGUGUCUAUGACAAUAACUCAUGUACGCGAUGAAGAUGAAGGCGUCUACAUGUGCAGAGCAUCCAAUUUACUAGGUGAAGCAGUAACGACAGCUGCUAUGCGAAUCAGAACCAAAGCAGCUAUACAACUGGACACACAGCAUCCAGAAGGCAUGAAGAAGAUCCAACAAUUGGAACAGCCUCACCCCAGGAGAGCUGACGAGCCUGACCGAGAGUUUGACAAGCCCAUUUUUACUCAGGUUUUGACAGGACCUUCCGAACUAUGGGAGGGUCAACACGCCCAUUAUGAAGCACGUGUUGUACCCGUCGGCGACCCUAGUCUCCGAUUUGAAUGGUACAUCAAUGGCGUAGAACUGAAAAUGGGAUCAAGAUUCCGCACUACACACGAUUUCGGAUUCGUUACUUUGGAUAUCAACUCUGUGGUCGCAAAUGAUGCCGGAUUGUACAUGUGCAAGGCUAUCAACAGGGCAGGUAGUACAGUUUCCUCUACUUCUUUGAAGGUGAAGACUAAAUCAACUAUAGUAGAUCAAGCCAUGCGUCCAGAGUCCUGGGAACAGAUUCAGCUAAAAGAAGCUGCGAUGAAUAGAGUACCUGAAAUGUUUGUGGACACUGGAGUCCAGCAAGCUCCUAUUUUCACUACUCACCUCAAGAGCUACGACAAACUUGUGGAAGGCCAACAUGUCUACCUCGAAGCUCAGGUAGAACCGAGAACUGAUCCAAACCUAAGGAUUGAAUGGUUCAAGAACGGUGUAUCUCUGACAACGGGGUCGAGAUUAAAGAGUACUUUCGACUUUGGAUUGGUUACACUGUCUAUCAAUGGCUUGAGAAUCGAUGAUUCUGGCAUUUACACAUGUAAAGCUACCAAUUUGAUGGGUGAGGCUGUAUCUACAGCUUCGAUUAAGAUUGAAGAUCGUCACUGGCUUCUUGGCGAAUCACUUCAUCCUGAAUCCUUGGAUAGGAUCGGUGCCCUUGAGCAACCUAAAUCUGCAAAACCAGAAUCACCUGAACCUAACUACGAAAUCCCAGUAUUUAUAUCUCAUUUGAAUAAUAUUUUGUGCAAAGAGGGUGACAAUAUUCACUUCGAGUGCAACGUUGAACCAUCUCGAGACCCCACCCUUAAGAUCGAAUGGUUCUUUAAUAAUAAGCCCCUACCUUCAGGUACUAGGUACAAGAGCACACAUGAUUUUAGUUACGUGUCUUUGGAUAUUACUCAUACAUAUGAAGAAGACUCAGGUAUUUACACUUGCAAAGCUACAAAUAACAAAGGAUCCGCUACCACUUCAGGCUCUCUAAGAUGCACAGGGGACAAAAAUAUUUUCUUUGAUACCCAGCACCCACAAGGAAAAGCUGGUUUGGAAGCCGUUGAACAAGCUGAAGAAGCAAGGCUUUCUAAAGGUAGAAGAACGUCAGUACCUGAUACUGAAUAUCCCAAACCUGAAUGGGUUGUCCCAAUUUCAGCCGAACAUCAAUUAAUAGAAGGUCAAGCGCUUCACUUGGAGGGCCAAGUAGAACCUAAGAACGAUCCUGACCUAAAGAUUGAAUGGUACUUCAAUGGUAAAAUACUGGAACAAGCUUCGAGAUUCAAACUUACCAGCGAUUUCGGUUUUGUGACAUUAGACUUAACAGACGUGUAUGAAAGAGACAGUGGAAUUUACACUUGCAAAGCUUACAACAAGAGAGGUGAGGCCUUUACAUCUUCGACUGUUUAUUGCACUAGCAAGGAAAAUCUAAUAGAAAGGACUCAACAUCCUAAAGGAACUGAAGGAUUGGAAAAGAUUCAAAAUCUGGAAGAUUCUUUGCGUCGUGAGCCUGGUCAGAAACCCGACGAUGACACAGGAAGAGCACCUGAGUUUACAACUGUCUUUAAAGACAUUGUUGAUAUCAGCGAAGGACAAAUUGCUCAUUAUGAAGCAUCACUGAUACCAACAGGUGACCAAAGUAUGGUAAUUGAAUGGUUCUAUAACGGCAAGACAAUUGAAGCAAGUCACCGCAUCCGAACAGUGUAUGCGUUUGGUAUGUGUGUCCUUGAAAUAUUGGGCACUAAGACUACUGAUUCUGGAACCUAUUCCUGCAGGGCCACAAAUAGGUGGGGCCAAGCUGAAAUAAGCGUAAAACUUGAAUGCGUUGAUAAGAGCAAAGGACAAAAACCGAAGUUCACUACACAUAUACAAAGCAUUGAAGGUCUUAAGGAUGGCCAAUCCGCACACUUUGAAUGUACAGUUAUACCUGUGGAUGAUCCAGACAUGAAGAUUGAAUGGUACCAUAAUGGCCAACCACUUCGUCACUCUACAAGAAUAAAAACAGUAUCCGAUUUUGGAUUCGUUGUUAUGGACAUUGCUUAUACGCAAAACCAUGAUACUGGAGAAUAUGUAUGCCGAGCUUAUAACAAAUACGGGGAAGAUUUCACUAAGGCUACCAUUAACUGCUAUGGCAGAAGUGGAGUCUACUUGGACAGCUUGCAGCCUGACUCUCUGGCCAAGAUUAGGGAAUUAGAAAGCAUGCAGGGGGCACAGCAACAGGCGCCAUCAGCAGCAUCUGCCGAACCGCCAAAAUUCUUGACCCAAAUACAAGAUGUUACAAAGUUAGUAGAAGGUCAGAGUGCACACUUUGAAGCUAGACUAAUACCAGUUGAUGAUCCAGAUCUGAAAGUAGAAUGGUUCUACAACGGCAAGAAGUUACCACAUGGACAUAGAUACAGGACUUUCCAUGAUUUCGGAAUUGUCAUAUUGGAUAUCUUAUACUGUUAUGAAGAAAAUUCUGGUGUUUACGAAUGUGUUGCUACGAACAAAUUGGGCAGAGACUCAACAAAGGCUACGCUCAAAUGUACAUCGAAGGAAAAUUUGAUCCUGGACUCGCAACUUCCGCGGGGCAUGGAAGGUGGUUUAGAAAAACUUCAAACCUUGGAGGAUUCAAUGAUUCGCAGAAAAGAUACUACGGUUGAGGAAGAAAGGGGCAAAGCGCCUGUCUUUACAGUUCCUCUGUCAAACAUAGACAACCUAAGAGAAGGAGAAAAUGCCCACUUUGAGGCGCGACUUACACCAACAGACGACCCUAAUCUUAAAGUGGAAUGGUACUGGAAUGGCAAGUCACUUAAGGCUGGAUCUAGAUUCAGAACGUUCUGCGAUUUUGGAUUUGUUAUUUUAGAAAUAUCUCCUACCUAUCCUGAAGACUCGGGAGAAUACCUAUGCCGCGCCUAUAAUAAUUAUGGUGAAGCUGUAACUACAGCAACUAUGAAGGUGCAAGGCAAACGCAAUAUUAUUCUAGAAUCUCAACUACCAAAGGGCAUGGAAGGAACAAUUGACAAAAUUGCUGCUCUCGAAGGCUACACUGGCACAGUCGACUCAAUGACACCUGAAGCGGAGAGUGGUAACCCUCCUGAAUUCAUCACAACUCCUUCUGAUCUUGUGCUCUCAGAGAACUCAUCGGCGCACUUCGAGUGUCGCCUAGUCCCUGUUAAUGACUCCAGCAUGAGAGUAGAGUGGUACCAUAAUGGAAAACCACUUCUUACUGGAUCUAGAGUCAAAACCAUUAACGACUUCGGAUUUGUCAUAUUAGAAAUUGGCGGUGUUUACCAACGUGAUGCCGGUUUAUACACCUGCAAGGCUACUAACCGUCAUGGUGAAGCUACAGUAUCUUGCAAGUUACAAGUGAAAGGCAGACAAGGCAUAAUCUUGGAGCCUCAGCUACCAUCUCACUUUAAAUCAGGAACUGAAAGUAUCCAAAAGUUGGAGGAAACAUUACACAAACGAGAGGAAAUUCAAAUAGAAGAUGAAAAACCAAACCCUCCGCGAUUCACGGUAGAAAUCAAGGACAACCUGGAUGUCCCAGAAGGUGGCCCCAUCCACUUCGACUGUCGUGUCGAGCCAGUUGGCGAUCCAACAAUGAGGAUCGAUUGGUUCUACAACGGUAGGGCAUUUGCGACUGGAUCUCGUGUACACAUGCUUAAUGACUUUGGUUUCAUAGCCUUAGACAUUGACUAUAUUUACGCUCGUGACGCUGGUGAGUACACUUGUCGCGCUACGAACAAGUGGGGCUCGGCAACUACUACAGCAAAGAUCACUUGCAGCGCAAAGCGCGAUAUUGUACUGGAAUCCCAGCUUCCGCAAGGCAUGAGUGGCGAAAAGAUCAAAGAGCUUGAAAGAGGACGUGUUACUGACGCUCCUAAAGAAGAGCCUGUAGUCAGCACGCCACCCAAGUUCAUUACACAGAUUCAGUCGCACACUGUCGAGGAAUCAGAAGGCGUUCGUUUCGAGUGCCGAGUGGAACCUAAGGAAGAUCCAAAACUUCGCGUCGAGUGGUACCGUAACGGAAAGCUGUUACCAUCGGGACACAGAUACCGUACAGUUUACGACAUGGGUUUCGUUUCUUUAGAUAUUUUAUACGUGUACGCGGAGGAUUCCGGCGAAUAUGUAUGCAGAGCAGUCAACGACUUUGGUGAAGAUUUUACCAAGGGAACUAUUUCCUGCAAGCAAUUGCCAGAUAUCAUCUUACAAAACCAAGUGCCACGCGGAAUGAAGAGGUCAGAAGCUUUGACUCAAAUGGAGGCUACAAUCAAGAAAUACACUUCGGAAAUAUUCUUGACGGAAGAUGAUUUGUACGAUGUUGACAAAAAGCAGCCACCUAGAUUUGUUACCCAAAUUCAAAGCCAAACAACACUUGUUGAAAUGGAGUCAACUAAGUUCGAAUGCCAAUUGGCACCCGUCGGAGACCCGAAUAUGAAAGUGGAAUGGUUCUUUAAUGGCAAACCAUUGCUGCACAAGAACCGAUUUACUCCAAUCUACGACUUUGGCUACGUGGCAAUGAACUUUGGAUGGGUAUACCCUGAGGACAGCGGCGAAUAUGUAUGCCGCGCUACAAACCUUUACGGCAUGGACGAAACUCGGGCCAUCAUCAAAACAGCCGGCAAGCCUGGCAUCGUUUACGAUUCUCAGCUGCCUAAACACAUGAAGAGUAUCGAGAAGAUUCGCGAAAUGGAAGCAGCAUGGCAAACGGCCCCUGAACCAAUGCCGGAUGAAACUAAGGCUCGGUCAGCGCCCGUUUUCGUGAGCCGACCGGACCCUGUAACAGUAGAAGAAGGCGAAUGGGCCCGCUUCCAAUGCCGUGUCACCGGCCACCCCAAGCCGCGUGUAAUGUGGCUGCUUAAUGGAAACACCAUUGUAAACGGUUCCAGAUAUAAAUUGACAUACGACGGAAUGUACCACUUUGACAUACCUAAGACCAGGCAAUAUGAUACUGGCAAGAUUGAAGUUAUCGCUAGGAGUUCCGUUGGCGAGGCUUUGGCUACGACCGAAUUAAAAGUAAUUCCGAGACACGACGAUUACAGAGGAGUCCUUAAGAAUGCUCCGAGACCUUGGUAUGAUGAGACGACACAACACCAACGCUCUGAAACUGAACUAGAAAAAACCUUCGAAGAAAGGCAAACUAUGCAACGACAGGGUGUCAUUGACCAUAGACCAGAACUGAAACCUAAAGUCAUUAAGGAGCCAGAAACUGAAUGGCAACAAACUGUUAAGAAGAAGAAGAGCGAAGAGUAUUACAACAAACUCCAGGAGUUAGAAAAUGAACAGGUUAUCAAAGAAAGCAGGAUGAGAGAAUCAACUCAUCAGUAUGCUAUCCCUGGAGAAAAAAUAGCAAGUAACUCCAUGGCCAGGGGUAUGGCUCAGAAGUACGAGGACAGUUUAGAACAAACUGAAGAGGUCGUUGAACAACAAGUGCAGAAGAAGAUCGUUCAAAAACCAAGGAUUCCUGAUCCAUCUGAAUCUACUGUACAUGGUAAAGAAGUGCACGUAGCCAAGCAGAAGCAAAUACAAAAAGAAGUCGUAGGCGAUACAGAGAUUACUCGAAAGAUCACAUCCACUGAGACUACUGAGGUGGAGCACAAAGCUCAAACACACGAAAGAGUUGUCGAAGGACCUGUUAAGCCUAGCAAACCCCCCGUAUUUACUAAGAAAAUGCAGCCAUGUCGAGCAUUUGAACACGAGCAAGCCAGAUUUGAAGUAGAAUUCGACGGUGAGCCAUUACCUACCAUUAAAUGGUAUCGUGAGAACUUCCCGAUCAAGAACUCUCCUGAUUUCCAAAUUCACACGUUCAGCACAAAGUCUGUUCUGAUUAUAAGGCAGGUGUUUGUUGAAGAUUCUGCAGUAUUUGCUGCUGUUGCUGAGAAUAGAGGUGGUACUGCAAAGUGCAGCGCCAAUUUAGUAGUGGAGGAGCGUAGACGUCAAGGCAGAGGAGGUGUCACACCGCCCAGUUUUACGUUGACUGCACAGAAUGUUAACGUGACUGCUGGCCAGCUCGUGAGAUUUGACACUAAGGUUACUGGAACCAAACCUAUUGAUGUGUAUUGGCUGAAAAACGGUAAAAAGGUUCAGCCUGACAUAAGAAACAAGAUUUUAGAAGAAGAUGGUACUUUCACACUUCUUAUUCUGGAAGCGUACCCGCAAGAUUCGGGCAAAUACGAGUGCGUGGCUAUCAACAGUGCUGGAGAAGCAAGAUGCGACGCCGAGUGUGUGGUCAGCGCACCUGCUACCAAAGAGAAGCCUAAACCUCAAGCUAAAGCUGCUAACGCUCCUCCCGAAAUCAUCGAACCUCUAAAAGACAAGGUCGUUACUGAAGGACAAGCCAUCGAAUUCAGCUGCAAGAUAGUGGGCAAGCCGACACCUACAGUUCAAUGGUACAAGGGAGAUAAGUUGAUAAAGCCGUCGAAAUACUUCCAAAUGUCAAGGACUGCUGACGAAUACACUCUCCGCAUUUCCGAGGCUUUCCCAGAAGACGAGGGUGACUACAAAUGCGUUGCGUAUAACUCUGCGGGCAGAGUGACCGUCGCUGCUAAGCUGAAAGUGACUCAACCAGACCAGGCUGACAACCUUCCCACCCUGACACCUCUUCGCGAUAUCGUCGUCAACGAAGGACAACCCGCUCAAUUCAAGACGCACAUUACCAGCAAAGUGAAACCUACGAUCCAAUGGCUGCGUGAAGGAGCUUUGAUCCCUGAAACUCCUGAUUUCCAGAUGAUCCACGAGGGCAACAACGCCGUGCUGUUGAUCGGCAACACGUACGAGGAGGACACCGGCACGUUCACCUGCCGCGCCACCACCGCCGCCGGCCAAGUCGAGACCUCGGCAAAGCUAGUCGUCAAAAAAUCUCAAAAAAGAAUGACGCACAAAACUUACUCUGAAAAAUCCGAUAUAAGAUCUUCAACAUCCGAGAAAGGAGACAUAACAACUAGUAGAGCACUAUACCAAUCUACUGAAGAAACAAACAUCCUUAAGUUACAAAAUUUACAAGAAAUAGAAUCGAAAAGGGUGUCAAGUAAUGUCCCUUGGCGUAAAAAAGAUCAAGUCGAAGUAGUUCAAUCGAGUAAUGAUGAAAAAUUAGAAGUAAAGCACUGGAGAAAACAGCGCCAAGAAGAUACUAAAUCGAUUCAACAAAUAUCAACAUCUGAAGAUACAAAUAUUUUAUUAUUAGACAGACAAGAAACAACUGACACCGAAGUCAAAUCAAUAAGAAAAGAAGAUCUGCAGCCAAAACACUGGAGACAGCCUCGUGCGGAAAAGAAGCCAGAGCUGGUUGAAAAAACAGUGCAUACCGAGGAUUCACAAAUCCUUCAAAAACAAGAAGAAGAGGUUAUAGAUCAAACGGUUAAAAAAGAAACUCUCGAAACAAAAGUUUGGCGAAAGCCUCGAAAAGAUGACAAACCAAAUUUUUUGGAUAAAACUUCACAUGUGGAAGAUUCUACAGACGUACAUAUAAAAGACACUAUGCAAGAAACACAAGAGAAGUUAGAGGCCAAAAGCUGGCGGAAGCCACGCCCAGAAACUUCAGAAAAAGUCUCUAUAACAUCUGAAAUGAAGGAGGAAACUAAACACUGGAGAAAGCCUAGAGUGCAAGAUUCAAAUGAAAACGUAAUUCAAGAUAUUAAAUCAGAAAUAAUUGAACAAGUUGAGGAAGAAGCUACUACUAAACAACAUUGGCGAAAACCUCGAACGGAGGAUAAACGCCCUGUGCAAGAGCGAAGAGAAAGUAUUCCAUGGACAGAAGAAAGUAUUCGUCUGAGGCCUACGAAGGUGGAAAAGAAGGAAAUUGUAAAAGAAAAAUUUGAAGACGUGAAUUUGAAACCGGUUCGCAAAGAUUCUGUCCAGAAAAGUACACUUGUAGUUGACGAGUCAUUAACGUAUGAAGAAGACACCAUUGUACUAAAAAUAUCGGAAGAUGAAAACGUCACAGAAGCGCACGUACCGAUAGAGCCCAGUGAUGAUAAAACGCCAUCUUGGCGAAAAUCAAUCAAGAAAAAGCAGGUAGUAAAGGAUGAUGUGAAUAGAGAUAUAGAAGAACAGACACAGAGGGAACCUGUAGACGGACCAAUAAUCCAACAAGACGUAAAAUCCAAACAGCUCGAAGAGCUUCCUCAAGAAGCACCCAAAUGGUUAACAAAGGGCAGACAGCCGAAACAAGAUGAACUCAAAGAGGAAGUGGUACUCAAGCCGGUGCCAAGACAAAGAGAGCUAGAUGAGAAGAAGCCUGAGGAGGUCCAGCUGAAACCAGUUAAGAAACAGAAACCUGUCGAGGAGACCACUCCUGAGGAAGUCAAAUGGCCUACAGGCAAGAGGCGUCCCAAGGAAGAAGAACCGAAGGAAGAGGUGGUCCUCAAGCCAGUGCCAAAACAGAAAGAGCCUGAGGAACAGAAGCCUGAGGAGGUCCAGCUGAAACCAGUUAAGAAACAGAAACCUGUCGAGGAGACCACUCCUGAGGAAGUUAAAUGGCCUACAGGCAAGAGGCGUCCCAAGGAAGAAGAACCAAAGGAAGAGGUGGUCCUCAAGCCAGUGCCAAAACAGAAAGAGCCUGAGGAGCAGAAGCCUGAAGAGGUCCAGCUGAAACCAGUUAAGAAACAGAAACCUGUCGAGGAGACCACUCCUGAGGAAGUUAAAUGGCCUACAGGCAAGAGGCGUCCCAAGGAAGAAGAACCAAAGGAAGAGGUGGUCCUCAAGCCAGUGCCAAAACAGAAAGAGCCUGAGGAGCAGAAGCCUGAGGAGGUCCAGCUGAAACCAGUUAAGAAACAGAAACCUGUCGAGGAGACCACUCCUGAGGAAGUCAAAUGGCCUACAGGCAAGAGGCGUCCCAAGGAAGAAGAACCAAAGGAAGAGGUGGUCCUUAAGCCAGUGCCAAAACAGAAAGAGCCUGAGGAGCAGAAGCCUGAGGAGGUCCAGCUGAAACCAGUUAAGAAACAGAAACCUGUCGAGGAGACCACUCCUGAGGAAGUCAAAUGGCCUACAGGCAAGAGGCGUCCCAAGGAAGAAGAACCAAAGGAAGAGGUGGUCCUCAAGCCAGUGCCAAAACAGAAAGAGCCUGAGGAGCAGAAGCCUGAGGAGGUCCAGCUGAAACCAGUUAAGAAACAGAAACCUGUCGAGGAGACCACUCCUGAGGAAGUCAAAUGGCCUACAGGCAAGAGGCGUCCCAAGGAAGAAGAACCAAAGGAAGAGGUGGUCCUCAAGCCAGUGCCAAAACAGAAAGAGCCUGAGGAACAGAAGCCUGAGGAGGUCCAGCUGAAACCAGUUAAGAAACAGAAACCUGUCGAGGAGACCACUCCUGAGGAAGUUAAAUGGCCUACAGGCAAGAGGCGUCCCAAGGAAGAAGAACCAAAGGAAGAGGUGGUCCUCAAGCCAGUGCCAAAACAGAAAGAGCCUGAGGAGCAGAAGCCUGAGGAGGUCCAGCUGAAACCAGUUAAGAAACAGAAACCUGUCGAGGAGACCACUCCUGAGGAAGUCAAAUGGCCUACAGGCAAGAGGCGUCCCAAGGAAGAAGAACCAAAGGAAGAGGUGGUCCUCAAGCCAGUGCCAAAACAGAAAGAGCCUGAGGAGCAGAAGCCUGAGGAGGUCCAGCUGAAACCAGUUAAGAAACAGAAACCUGUCGAGGAGACCACUCCUGAGGAAGUCAAAUGGCCUACAGGCAAGAGGCGUCCCAAGGAAGAAGAACCAAAGGAAGAGGUGGUCCUCAAGCCAGUGCCAAAACAGAAAGAGCCUGAGGAGCAGAAGCCUGAGGAGGUCCAGCUGAAACCAGUUAAGAAACAGAAACCUGUCGAGGAGACCACUCCUGAGGAAGUCAAAUGGCCUACAGGCAAGAGGCGUCCCAAGGAAGAAGAACCAAAGGAAGAGGUGGUCCUCAAGCCAGUGCCAAAACAGAAAGAGCCUGAGGAGCAGAAGCCUGAGGAGGUCCAGCUGAAACCAGUUAAGAAACAGAAACCUGUCGAGGAGACCACUCCUGAGGAAGUUAAAUGGCCUACAGGCAAGAGGCGUCCCAAGGAAGAAGAACCAAAGGAAGAGGUGGUCCUCAAGCCAGUGCCAAAACAGAAAGAGCCUGAGGAACAGAAGCCUGAGGAGGUCCAGCUGAAACCAGUUAAGAAACAGAAACCUGUCGAGGAGACCACUCCUGAGGAAGUCAAAUGGCCUACAGGCAAGAGGCGUCCCAAAGAAGAAGAACCAAAGGAAGAGGUGGUCCUCAAGCCAGUGCCAAAACAGAAAGAGCCUGAGGAGCAGAAGCCUGAGGAGGUCCAGCUGAAACCAGUUAAGAAACAGAAACCUGUCGAGGAGACCACUCCUGAGGAAGUCAAAUGGCCUACAGGCAAGAGGCGUCCCAAGGAAGAAGAACCAAAGGAAGAGGUGGUCCUCAAGCCAGUGCCAAAACAGAAAGAGCCUGAGGAACAGAAGCCUGAGGAGGUCCAGCUGAAACCAGUUAAGAAACAGAAACCUGUCGAGGAGACCACUCCUGAGGAAGUCAAAUGGCCUACAGGCAAGAGGCGUCCCAAGGAAGAAGAACCAAAGGAAGAGGUGGUCCUCAAGCCAGUGCCAAAACAGAAAGAGCCUGAGGAGCAGAAGCCUGAGGAGGUCCAGCUGAAACCAGUUAAGAAACAGAAACCUGUCGAGGAGACCACUCCUGAGGAAGUUAAAUGGCCUACAGGCAAGAGGCGUCCCAAGGAAGAAGAACCAAAGGAAGAGGUGGUCCUCAAGCCAGUGCCAAAACAGAAAGAGCCUGAGGAACAGAAGCCUGAGGAGGUCCAGCUGAAACCAGUUAAGAAACAGAAACCUGUCGAGGAGACCACUCCUGAGGAAGUCAAAUGGCCUACAGGCAAGAGGCGUCCCAAAGAAGAAGAACCAAAGGAAGAGGUGGUCCUCAAGCCAGUGCCAAAACAGAAAGAGCCUGAGGAGCAGAAGCCUGAGGAGGUCCAGCUGAAACCAGUUAAGAAACAGAAACCUGUCGAGGAGACCACUCCUGAGGAAGUCAAAUGGCCUACAGGCAAGAGGCGUCCCAAGGAAGAAGAACCAAAGGAAGAGGUGGUCCUCAAGCCAGUGCCAAAACAGAAAGAGCCUGAGGAACAGAAGCCUGAGGAGGUCCAGCUGAAACCAGUUAAGAAACAGAAACCUGUCGAGGAGACCACUCCUGAGGAAGUUAAAUGGCCUACAGGCAAGAGGCGUCCCAAGGAAGAAGAACCAAAGGAAGAGUUGGUCCUCAAGCCAGUGCCAAAACAGAAAGAGCCUGAGGAACAGAAGCCUGAGGAGGUCCAGCUGAAACCAGUUAAGAAACAGAAACCUGUCGAGGAGACCACUCCUGAGGAAGUCAAAUGGCCUACAGGCAAGAGGCGUCCCAAGGAAGAAGAACCAAAGGAAGAGGUGGUCCUCAAGCCAGUGCCAAAACAGAAAGAGCCUGAGGAGCAGAAGCCUGAGGAGGUCCAGCUGAAACCAGUUAAGAAACAGAAACCUGUCGAGGAGACCACUCCUGAGGAAGUUAAAUGGCCUACAGGCAAGAGGCGUCCCAAGGAAGAAGAACCAAAGGAAGAGGUGGUCCUCAAGCCAGUGCCAAAACAGAAAGAGCCUGAGGAACAGAAGCCUGAGGAGGUCCAGCUGAAACCAGUUAAGAAACAGAAACCUGUCGAGGAGACCACUCCUGAGGAAGUCAAAUGGCCUACAGGCAAGAGGCGUCCCAAAGAAGAAGAACCAAAGGAAGAGGUGGUCCUCAAGCCAGUGCCAAAACAGAAAGAGCCUGAGGAGCAGAAGCCUGAGGAGGUCCAGCUGAAACCAGUUAAGAAACAGAAACCUGUCGAGGAGACCACUCCUGAGGAAGUCAAAUGGCCUACAGGCAAGAGGCGUCCCAAGGAAGAAGAACCAAAGGAAGAGGUGGUCCUCAAGCCAGUGCCAAAACAGAAAGAGCCUGAGGAACAGAAGCCUGAGGAGGUCCAGCUGAAACCAGUUAAGAAACAGAAACCUGUCGAGGAGACCACUCCUGAGGAAGUUAAAUGGCCUACAGGCAAGAGGCGUCCCAAGGAAGAAGAACCAAAGGAAGAGUUGGUCCUCAAGCCAGUGCCAAAACAGAAAGAGCCUGAGGAACAGAAGCCUGAGGAGGUCCAGCUGAAACCAGUUAAGAAACAGAAACCUGUCGAGGAGACCACUCCUGAGGAAGUUAAAUGGCCUACAGGCAAGAGGCGUCCCAAGGAAGAAGAACCAAAGGAAGAGGUGGUCCUCAAGCCAGUGCCAAAACAGAAAGAGCCUGAGGAACAGAAGCCUGAGGAGGUCCAGCUAAAACCAGUUAAGAAAGUUACCACAGUAGAAAGUGAAGAACCCACUGUAGAGGAAAAAGAAGUAACAAUUGUAAGCAAAACAAAAGUAGUGAAGAAAAAGGUACAAAAAGAGGAAGAACAAACAAAUAUAGAGGAGGUUAUACCUGAGACAAAACCAAUAGAAGAAAAGAAGUUGAAAAGAACGCGUAAAGACGACACCAAAGUGGAAGAAAUCGUGAUUGUAGAAGAAGUGAAAAAUGAACCAGCUGUUGAACAAGAAGAAGAAGUAAGAGUGGUAACCAAGCAAUCGAAAGUGGUGAAGAAGAAGACACGAAAAGAGAAAAAAGAAGUUGGACCAAUAAUUAUAAAACCUUUAACGGCAAAGAACGUUUUGGAAAACACAGACUUUGAACUCGUCGUUUUCUUUGAAGCGGAAGAUGACUGUCAAGUAACAUGGUACCGUAAUAACCAACUCAUAGAGCCUAGAGAUGACUGCAUAAUUAAUACAGAAAGGGGGAAAUCAUUUGUUAAAGUUUUAGAUACAGAUAAAAGUAAACUUGGAAAAUAUGAAGUAAUCAUUGAAUCUAUGGAUAAAACAAUUAAAUCAGCAUGUUCAGUAAAAUUAUCAAAACCUUCAGACGAAGGGCAAGUGCAACCACCAGUGUUCAUACGACCUCUCUAUCCAAAAGAAAUACGAUUAGGCGAUAUACUUUUGAUGGAAGCCGAGGUAAUUUCUGUUCCAUGUGCCUCUUUCCAAUGGUUUAUAAACACCAAGGAGGUUACGUCUCAUGCAAAAGAAAACAAACUGAAUAACAUAUACGUAACAACCAGAGAAAAUAUAUCUUGUCUAUGUAUCGAAAACAUUACAGAAGAUUUGAUUGGAGUUAUAACGUGUAGAGCAGAAAAUUUUGCAGGAUCAGUGUCCUGUUCAGCUUCUUUAAUUCUCAUAGACAACGAACCUUGUUACGUAACAGGAAAGGGUCCUGAAAUAGUAACACCCCUAAAGUCAGCCACUGUAAUGGAUGGAGAACCAAUAUAUCUUACUUGUGAAGUAUCUGGUGAACCUUGGCCGAAAAUUGAAUGGUAUCAUGAUGACAAAUUUAUAAAAAAAGUUAGAGAUAUAACCUUUGCCCGGCAAGAAUCGGGACUGUGUGGAUUAUGUAUAAAAGAAGCCUUUCCAGAAAUGUCGGGAAAUUACAAAUGUGUGGCGACAAACACUUUUGGAAGUAGUAGCACCGAAUGUACAAUAAAUGUAGAAGCGUACGAAUACGUCCCGAGUGCUUCGGAGGAAGAUAUACUCAGUGACGAGAGAACUAGUGAUAUAGAGGAAUUUGCACCUCGUAUAGUAAAAGCACUACCAACGGUUGUAGCGCCCAGCGAAGGCGAAUUAACCCGGUUAGAAGCAAAAGCAAUUGGCGUGCCUAAACCACAAGUCCGGUGGAUGAAACAAGGUGUCGAAAUAAUACAAUCUCAAGAAUACCAAAUUGAAGAAAUGGAAGAUGGCACAUCUAUUUUAAUUAUACCCGAAGUUUACAAGGACGACACUGGAGAAAUUAAAUUUGAAGCCUACAACCCGCUCGGAGUCACAUCCACUAUUGCCGCUUUGUCUGUACAGAGUAUCAUUGGCACUAAGGAAUACAGGAAACCGGAAUGGGUCACUCAUAUGGAAGAAUUGCAAGCCGCUCUUAAAGCAACACAAUCUGUUCCAACUUUCGUCAAAGACAUCUUGGGCGAACGUGUUCACGAGGAUGAGACAGUUGUGUUUGAAGCUGUUUACAGCGGGAAUCCCACACCAGAAAUAUUGUGGUACAAAGAUGAUAAAGUGAUAAGGUCUGAUGAAAGAUUCAUCAUAGAAAAUAAAGACAACCGCACAAGUUGUACGAUUCGAAAAGCAGUGAAAGAAUUGGAAGGAUCAUAUAUGUGUAAAGCUGUCAGUGAUAUAGGUAUGGCAAUAACUAAAGCUAAACUUCAAAUAUUCGAAAAAGGAGAAAAGAUUAAGAAACAUACUGCCAAGGAAGUGAAAGAAAAAUUGAAAAAAGAAAAAGUAACUCGACGGGAAGAUAAGGCCGUCAAGACUGAAACUGCUCUUGAAAAAACGGAAGAUUUACUGGAAUCCGCUAGUAUUACUGAAGUACAGCCGAUAGAUGAGCCUGUCUCAAUUAACGAGCGCAUUGACAGACGAAAGGCUAAAGUGAUAGUUACUGAGGCAGAACAUGUGGAGAUUACGGAUACUGCUUCAUACAAAAAGGUGGACAAAAAGGAAAAGACAAAACCAAUGCCACAAAAAAUAGAGCCAAUUGUAACUCCACAAGACUAUUUGGUAUCAUCACAGCAACAAAAAGAGGAGACAGCAGAACCUCUUGAGGACAGUCCUUACGAAAAACAGAAAGGUAUUAUUAAAAUGGUUGACACUGAUUCGCGAGUGGUUGCUGAAAUAAAUGAACUACUUGAAGUUAUAAACGCUAAAGAAUUUGGCUCUGGGGAGUCACCUUUGCGAGAAUUAGCAAAAAUUGGCUACAUGCUUAGACGUGGUAUAACGACAGAUGAAAUAGAAGGACUCUACGAUUCUGAAUAUUUCCCAGCGUUAAGAAUACCGCAAUCACAGUCGGCUCUAGUUCAACUUGUAGAACGACAAGGUCAUGGAGCGCUUAUUACUGAAGUACUUACCGAAGAAACAACUCACGACGAAGAUAUUAUCGCGGCAAAAGUAGGCUUCCGCGCAUUCUUGAAAAUGGUGGAAAUGAAACAUACUUCAGUCGAGGAAGUAAUAGCUCACUUCUAUCCUGAAGAUUUCAAGCCCCGAUCCUGGGAACAACGAGAGGCACAUGAGGUCAUCGUAGAAUCAUCGGCCGAAUAUUCUGCGAAAACACACAUUCCAACAGUAAUAAAAGAUGAGAAAGUUAUCAGCAAGGAACAGCGAGAUACCAAAGAGAAUGACAAGAGUAGACGAAAAUUAAUAUCUAAAGAGCAGGAAUCCCUAGAAGUGGAGGAAGUAUUGUAUGAAGAUAAAAAGUUCGCUGUAAUGAGGUCAAAAGAAAAAUUGGAACAUUAUGAAGAAGACAAUACUGAAAUUUUAGAAGAUGAGCCAUAUUCAUGCACAAAAGCAUUGGCCGCAGACAUUCCUGAAAGCCGAAUUGAAAUAGUACCGGCCAGUCAAGUAACACAUCUUGUUUCUCCGAAAACCAAUGAUAUAACAGCAAAUAUCAAAGUUGACAGUAAUUACCCCUUAAUGAAUGAAACAAGAAUUACACAUGAAAAUGAAAUUCCACUUACAUUAAAAGACAACACGAAGGCUUUUGGAAAACCAGUCAUAUCAGAGUUAGAACCGAUACAAAUAACACAAACCGAAGUAAGUACUUCGUUGGAUGAAUAUGACAUCGCUAAACCCAAAAUGGAGAUUAAUGCCACUAAAGGCAUUGUUCCGACUGAAGGAUUAAUAACUUCAGAAGUAUUGACUAGCAUUGAGGCUACUGAUUUCAAAAAGACAGACCAGUCUUCUGAAAAAGCUAAACCAAAUGUAAUACCAAGAGAUGCUUUACAUGUUUCUGAAAAUAUAACAUCUGACAAAGAAGAUUUACUAGAAGAUUUAACAGUAAAGAAACUAACAGCUACCGUUGGAUAUUCAACGUUGACCGGAUUGAAUGUUACGGAAGUAAAUGAAGAAAUGAAAGAACACGUUAUGGAAACAACAACUAAAGAUAAGAUGGCAACGUCAAAACUUAAUUUUACUUUAUUAGAAAGUGUCGAAGUAGGUGAAGUAUUUGUAGAAGACAAAUCAGGUAAAUAUUAUCCUGAACUUAUAGUACCUACUGAGACGGCCAAAAAAGAAUUGCUAGUUUCGAAUCAAUUGAUUACUGAAAUACACAAUUUACAAGAAAAGGAAGGAUCUCUAGCCACACUUAAAAUACCACAAACACAGGAGGCGAACAUUGAUGUAACAUCAACAGACAGUAUAGUAGUAAAAGUUGAAGAGUUACACGAAAAAGAGGGGCAGUUACCAAAAAUUGAGAUGCCAACUCAAAUAAAUGUAGACAAAGACGUAAUGUUACAUACUAGUUUAUGUAAUACCAUAGUUACUUCUCAGUUAAAAGAAACGGAAUUCACUCCUGAACCAGUAACUACUAAAAAGGCAACUAUAGGUGUAACAGAACAUCAACAUAAGUUCAAUACGGAAACAAAUAUACAAGAUUCAGAAAAUGUUUUCGAAAAACAUAAAUCAGCAGCCACUACUCAAGCAGAGGUAUCAUUAUCUUUGCUAGAUAAUUCUAUAAUUGAAGAAGUACAAAUUAAUGAAAGUGAAAAAGAACUCUUAAUUAAGGACGAUGUUCCGUCUGCCAAGGCUGAAGCUGAGUUUAAAUCUAGUCAGCCAAUUGUUACUUCUCAAAUUUUGGAGCUCACAUCAACAGGGGAGUUAGGUAUUAUGGAUAAAAUGACAGAUGAUACUGCAACCGAGACAAUAAUAACAGAAUGUGCCAAAAUUGUGAUGUCACCAUUAGUGCAUGAUCAAGAAACUACAGAAGAUUAUAAGACUAAAAAACCUGAAAAUAUUACAACGUCUUUGGUACCUAAUGUCCCAAUUACAGUCUCUGAAAUAGAAUCAAAUGAGUUAGAAAGUAAACUCAAUUUAAAUAAAUUACCCGAUAAAGUAUGUGCAAAGCAAUCUCCAACGCACCAUCUCAAAACACCCCUUUCUGAAGAAAUUACAACAGCAGAUCAAUACGAUAGUCUUAAACCGCUUGACAUAAUCUCAGAAAAAGCCACAGAGCAAAGAGAUUUACAAAAAGAAAUAAGAAUACUUCAAACCACAGUUGAUGAACAACUUCAAAAAUUAGAUCAGAAUGAGAUCUUACAUAGUAACGCUAAUGCUACAUUUAUAGGUAAUGAAAGUAUAAAGGUAACUGAAAUAAUCUCAAACGUAACUGAAGAAAAUCUUGAAAUAGCCAACACUAAGCCAAACGUUUUUGCCAAAAUGGAUAUAGACGCAGAUCACAAGAUAGCCUUAACUUCAGAAAUAAAUUUAGGUGAUGUACUAAAUCCUUUGGGGCUUAUAACCCCUAAACAGGAAGCUGCUAGUUUAACAUCUAGCGCACUGUCUUCACUUGAAGUAACUGAAACAAAAGUUUUAGACAGUCAGUCAGAUUUAUCAGCUGACACGAAACCAGAACUUAAAUAUCUGAAGCCGGAUGUUGUCUCAUUAGCAGAAACAAUAAAUGUUACAGAGGUUAUCCAACAUGAGAAGGAAACGAAUUAUGAACAAACAACAGCACCAGAAACUUGUAUAGCGUCUGCUGAUUUGGUUGGCCAACCGGUUGCUAUAUUGUCAGAAUUAAUUCCAGAUUCAUCUGUUGGUAUAGCCAAAGAGGACAAUAUACUUGAGUUGACUAAAAAAGCUACAGUGGAAAAUAUCACUCACAAAGAAAUUAUAACCAGUAUGACAAAUUCAAACGAAAAAGAAAUGAUUUUAAAGAAAGCUGAAAGACCAAUUUCGGCAGCUGCUAUGGUUAACAUCGAUUCAAGCCAAGCUUUAAUGAUAGAAGAAAAUCUAUCAGAAUCUCUUCCUACUCCUGUUAUUCAAGAGAAAGUAUUAAAAGCUACUGCUCAAGAAACUACAAUAAAUAAAGAAGCCAUUAUACAACAAGAAACUGUAGCGCACACAUCAGAACAGGAUUUGAUUUUAAAGGAAAAAGAAUGCAAGAUAAAUCCUAAGCUAACUUUGACAGCUUUACAAGUUCCAGAAUACACAGAAAGAUUGAUGGUAGAACAUGAAAAUGAAUUCACAAGUGAAACUACGCCUGAUCAUCAAACAGCAGAGUCAUCUGUGAUCUUAAAACAUGGUUUUGAAACAACAGAAAUUGUAUCCCAAUCAGAAAAUCUUGAAGAAACGCAAAAUACUUCGGUUCCCUACAAAAAAGCAGCACCAAAAGUAGAUGAAAUUUACGGAAAAACCGCUAAAGUUCAAGAAAUUAUUCCUAACCAAUCUGCAGGGGAUUUAGCAAUUGAAAAAGUUGUAUCUCAAGUACCUGACGUGUCACCAGUCACUUCUCUAACAGUUGAACAGACAGAGAUAAUUACAGCAGAAAAAGAGAUGGUACUAACGAAAGAAAUAACAAAAACAUCAAAUAUUGAACCACAGUAUUCUGAAAAAAUAGCAAUAAUAACUAGUAAUGUUGAUGCUGUAGACCAAGAGCAGGAAUUUGAGGGCAAAUUUUCCAUUCCUGGACGCAAAAUAUCUGUAGGAAUAGUGCCUUUGAGCAGUACAAUAAAUUCAGAGGUUUUAUUAAGCGGUAAUACUGAAGAUUUUAGUGAGCAAAAUAUCAAAACAUCCACAGCUAUUGAGGUACCUAUGGACUUACAAAAACAUAUACACGAGACGGAAGUUUUCCUUGGAGAAAAAGAAUCUAUUUUAUCGAAAGUUAAAACUGAUAUGCAAACUGCCUCCACAAAACUUACGGAAGUUGCAGCGACGCAGAUAACCGAAAUAAAUACAGUUGAAAAAGAAAUGCUUUUGGCAGAUACAGUAAAAGCUACUGAAUUAGAAGCUAUAUCAUCAAUUAGUGAAAAACAACCAUUACAGAAUACUGAAGUUAUAGCAACAAUUGAAAGUGAAAUUUUACAGGUGUCUCAACAAACACUGUCGAAUGCACUUUUACUACAAGGUGAGCAAGAAGCUUUACAGCAGUCUGAGCCAUUUGUCGGAGAGAUAGAAAAUAAUUUUAUGGUCGAAAAAGUGACUGAAAGAUUGCCAACAAAAAGUCUGAACGAACAAAGACCAUUGGAUAUAACUGAAAUAAUGGUAACGGAAUCAGAAAACUUGUUGGAUAGCAACUUAAAAACUAAACUUGAAACGUUAAAUCCUGAUUUUGAAAAAAGCUUUUAUGUUCAAAUAUCAGAAAUUGCCUCUUCUGAAAGAGAAGAACACUUUGAUAUUAGUAAGAUAAACGAUGACAAAACAGUUAAUCCAACGUCAAGUAUAACCCCUUACUCUAGUGUAGGAGUUAUUGAAAAUAUAAUUAACGAAAAGGAAGAUUUAUUCAAAACAAAAAGUGAAUAUAAGUCUCAACAAGCCGGAUUUUCAGUUGAAUCACAACUUCACGUUACAGUGAUUGACAAUUUAAUAACGGAAAAAGAAGAAGCUCUGAAACCGCUGACAUUACCAUCAACAAAUGAUAACCAAAACCAAGACAUAACACUUUUAAGUCAUUUAAUGACAUCAGAAACAGUAACGCUAGAAGAUAGUACGGAAAUUUAUGAAAAAAAAUCAAAUGAAGAAAAAGCUAAAACUUCCCAAGAUAUGAUUGAAGCUAUAAAUAAUGAGCAACAACAAGUUUUUGAGCAAAUUCAAGAUUUAAUAGCAUCGGGAAAACAAGAACUACUACAAGCCAAUCAAAAGAUAAUCGAUUUGAAAUCUCUAGAACAAGUAGAAGUUAUUCCUCAAGAAAGUUCAGAUUUUCUAACAAAAGAUCAUAAAAAAGAAGAAAACGCUUCAACUACUCAUACCUUAGUAAAGGAACUUGUUUCUGAGCAGCCACAUGUAGUAGAGACUACAUCUGCAUUAAUAACAGAGAAAUAUGAACCCGACAGUAACCAACCUUCAUUUGACAUCGAGACACGAAAAAGUUGCAUCAUUACUGAGAGUAUACCUCAAGAAAUCCCACAAGCUUUCACAACAGGCGUACAAAAAUCUAAUAAAAUAUUGGAACAGGUAAUAGAAAUUAGACAUUUAGAACAAACUGAAGUAGUUCCAAGCGAGAACGUGGAUGAAUUAAAAGAUGUUCAGACUAUUGAAGAAAAAACCAUUACAGAGGUGCCUCAUGAGAAUUUGGCACUGAUUCAAAGUAAAACCAUGGUUCAUGAGAAAGAAACUGAAACACACUUUGAAAAACCUUUGACUAUGGGAAAAGUUACAACUUCAGUCAAUACUAACGAAGGCAUAUCAGUAUUUGAAGUAACCCAGGGAGAUACACAAGGCAACUACGUCUCAGAGCAAGGUAAAGAAACAAAAGCAGAAAAAUCUAUAACUUUACUUUCACAUUUGCAAUGUACAGAACACAUACCGGAAACUCAUACUAGUGAACUUUUAACACAUGAAGUACAACCUAGGUUGUCAAAUAUAACAUCUACCAGUAUAUCGCCUUUGAUAAUCACAGACAAUACUAUCUUCCAAAAAGAAACCGACUUACAAAUUCAAACAACUAAAAAACAAACACUGCGUAAAGGUUUGACAGUUGCAAACGAAAUAGAAGUCACUACCGAAUUCAUCGAUGAGCAAAUAUCACCCAUGCCAGAAAAAUCUCAAGAAAACAUACCAGUUCGUAAAAUUACUCAAUCUGAAGAUCGCGAAGAUGUCGUCAUUUCGGAACAAGAAGUAUACACUAAGGAGAUAUCAGACGACAUCACGUCCCCAAAGUCAUCAGACUUUGAAGAAACUGAAGAAAUUUUAACCAAAUUUACACAAUCGCCAGACGGCCGAGAACCAAUACAAACCAAAACAAAAAGAACUAUAUUACGAAAAAAGAAAAGAAGCAAGGACCACGAUAUGAAUGAAAGAAAUGUCGUUAUCGAGGAAACCCUAGAUGAUUUCGCAAAUGAAACCCCGAAACAGGAUUUCCAUAGCAACAUUGAUAUAGAGGAGUAUAUAGGAGAUGAAGUACUCCCAGUCGAUGAUACUGAAAAAAGUACUGUUGAAAUGCCUGAAGAUCAUUUACAUAUACCUAAACUACCCAACCAAGUUCACAUCGAGGAAAUGAUAGACGAAGAAAUUGUUGAACUUCCAGAAGAUACAGUCGAGGAGACCGAAACGCCGGAAGGUAAGAAAACAUAUAUGAAAACUAAACGCAUCCUGAAACAUAAGAAACAGCCAAAAAUACAGACUAAAGAGAUCACCACUGAACACACUGACGAAUCACUCAUUCCAUUCGAAACACCACAAAUCUUAGACAAGGCCGAAGUUAUCGAAGAAGAGCCUGACAAAGUGCAAGUUACUCAAGUGCGCACGGAGACGGGCGAGGUGAAGUCAGUCAAGGUAACCAAACGCGUCAUCAAAAAGAAGAAGGGCAAACAGCAGGAAGUCACAGAAAUAACCACGACGCAACAGGACGACGAGGCUCCCGUGACAACGGUCAGCGUCACCGCGGAAGAAAUCCCUGAAGAACAGAUUGCACCCGUGGAGAUAGCAGAACUGCCCGAAGAAACGGCCAUCGAAGAAAUAGAAACACCCGAGGGUAAAACUAUUCGCAAGAAGACGAUAAAGCGCGUCGUCAGGAAAAAAGGACCCAAGCAUGAAACUGUCGAAAUCAUCACCACACAGGACGAUGACAAGGCUCCCGUCACCGAAAUCAACUUCGUGGAAGAAAAGCCGGUCGAAAUUGUUGAACUGCCAGAAGAGACCGCAGUCGAAGAGACUGAAACGCCAGAAGGUAAGAAAACACAUAAGAAAAUCACUAGACGCAUCAUCAAAAAGAAAGUAGGGCCCAAAAUUCAGACUACAGAGAUCACCACUGAACAAGAAGACGACAAGACACCAGUAGUGUCAGUACACACCACCGAACAAACCACUGACGAAUCACUCAUUCCAUUCGAAACACCACAAAUCUUAGACAAGGCCGAAGUUAUCGAAGAAGAGCCUGACAAAGUGCAAGUUACUCAAGUGCGCACGGAGACGGGCGAGGUGAAGUCAGUCAAGGUAACCAAACGCGUCAUCAAAAAGAAGAAGGGCAAACAGCAAGAAGUCACAGAAAUAACCACGACGCAACAGGACGACGAGGCUCCUGUCACUACGGUCAGCGUCACCGCGGAAGAAAUCCCUGAAGAACAGAUUGCACCUGUGGAGAUAGCGGAACUGCCCGAAGAAACAGCCAUUGAAGAAAUAGAGACACCCGAGGGAAAAACUAUUCGCAAGAAGACGAUAAAGCGCGUCGUCAGGAAAAAAGGACCCAAGCAAGAAACUGUCGAAAUCACCACCACACAGGACGAUGACAAGGCUCCAGUCACCGAAAUCAACUUCGUGGAAGAAAAGCCGGCAGAAGAAGAAAAGCCACUUGAAAUUGUGGAACUGCCAGAAGAGACCGCAGUCGAGGAGACCGAAACGCCGGAAGGUAAGAAAACACACAAGAAAAUCACUAGACGCAUCAUCAAAAAGAAAGUAGGGCCCAAAAUACAGACUACAGAGAUCACCACUGAACAAGAAGACGACAAGACACCAGUAGUGUCGGUACACACCACCGAACAAACCACUGACGAAUCACUCAUUCCAUUCGAAACACCACAAAUUUUAGACAAGGCCGAAGUUAUCGAAGAAGAGCCUGACAAAGUGCAAGUUACUCAAGUGCGCACGGAGACGGGCGAGGUGAAGUCAGUCAAGGUAACCAAACGCGUCAUCAAAAAGAAGAAGGGCAAACAGCAGGAAGUCACAGAAAUAACCACGACGCAACAGGACGACGAGGCUCCCGUCACAACGGUCAGCGUCACCGCGGAAGAAAUCCCUGAAGAACAGAUUGCACCCGUGGAGAUAGCAGAACUGCCCGAAGAAACGGCCAUCGAAGAAAUAGAAACACCCGAGGGUAAAACUAUUCGCAAGAAGACGAUAAAGCGCGUCGUCAGGAAAAAAGGACCCAAGCAAGAAACUGUCGAAAUCACCACCACACAGGACGAUGACAAGGCUCCCGUCACCGAAAUCAACUUCGUGGAAGAAAAGCCGGCAGAAGAAGAAAAGCCACUCGAAAUUGUGGAACUGCCAGAAGAGACCGCAGUCGAGGAGACCGAAACGCCGGAAGGUAAGAAAACACACAAGAAAAUCACUAGACGCAUAAUCAAAAAGAAAGUAGGGCCCAAAAUACAGACUACAGAGAUCACCACUGAACAAGAAGACGACAAGACACCAGUAGUGUCAGUACACACCACCGAACAAACCACUGACGAAUCACUCAUUCCAUUCGAAACACCACAAAUCUUAGACAAGGCCGAAGUUAUCGAAGAAGAGCCUGACAAAGUGCAAGUUACUCAAGUGCGCACGAAGACGGGCGAGGUGAAGUCAGUCAAGGUAACCAAACGCGUCAUCAAAAAGAAAAAGGGCAAACAGCAGGAAGUCACAGAAAUAACCACGACGCAACAGGACGACGAGGCUCCCGUCACAACGGUCAGCGUCACCGCAGAAGAAAUCCCUGAAGAACAGAUUGCACCCGUGGAGAUAGCAGAACUGCCCGAAGAAACGGCCAUCGAAGAAAUAGAGACACCCGAGGGAAAAACUAUUCGCAAGAAGACGAUAAAGCGCGUCGUCAGGAAAAAAGGACCCAAGCAAGAAACUGUCGAAAUCACCACCACACAGGACGAUGACAAGGCUCCCGUCACCGAAAUCAACUUCGUGGAAGAAAAGCCGGCAGAAGAAGAAAAGCCACUCGAAAUUGUGGAACUGCCAGAAGAGACCGCAGUCGAGGAGACCGAAACGCCGGAAGGUAAGAAAACACACAAGAAAAUCACUAGACGCAUCAUCAAAAAGAAAGUAGGGCCCAAAAUACAGACUACAGAGAUCACCACUGAACAAGAAGACGACAAGACACCAGUAGUGUCAGUACACACCACCGAACAAACCACUGACGAAUCACUCAUUCCAUUCGAAACACCACAAAUCUUAGACAAGGCCGAAGUUAUCGAAGAAGAGCCUGACAAAGUGCAAGUUACUCAAGUGCGCACGGAGACGGGCGAGGUGAAGUCAGUCAAGGUAACCAAACGCGUCAUCAAAAAGAAGAAGGGCAAACAGCAGGAAGUCACAGAAAUAACCACGACGCAACAGGACGACGAGGCUCCUGUCACUACGGUCAGCGUCACCGCGGAAGAAAUCCCUGAAGAACAGAUUGCACCUGUGGAGAUAGCGGAACUGCCCGAAGAAACGGCCAUUGAAGAAAUAGAAACACCACAGGGAAAAACCAUUCGCAAGAAGACGAUAAAGCGCGUCGUCAGGAAAAAAGGACCCAAGCAAGAAACUGUCGAAAUCACCACCACACAGGACGAUGACAAGGCUCCCGCCACCGAAAUCAACUUCGUGGAAGAAAAGCCGGCAGAAGAAGAAAAGCCACUCGAAAUUGUGGAACUGCCAGAAAAGACCGCAGUCGAGGAGACCGAAACGCCAGAAGGUAAGAAAACACACAAGAAAAUCACUAGACGCAUCAUCAAAAAGAAAGUAGGGCCCAAAAUACAGACUACAGAGAUCACCACUGAACAAGAAGACGACAAGACACCAGUAGUGUCGGUACACACCACCGAACAAACCACUGACGAAUCACUCAUUCCAUUCGAAACACCACAAAUCUUAGACAAGGCCGAAGUUAUCGAAGAAGAGCCUGACAAAGUGCAAGUUACUCAAGUGCGCACGGAGACGGGCGAGGUGAAGUCAGUCAAGGUAACCAAACGCGUCAUCAAAAAGAAGAAGGGCAAACAGCAGGAAGUCACAGAAAUAACCACGACGCAACAGGACGACGAGGCUCCCGUCACAACGGUCAGCGUCACCGCGGAAGAAAUCCCUGAAGAACAGAUUGCACCCGUGGAGAUAGCAGAACUGCCCGAAGAAACGGCCAUCGAAGAAAUAGAAACACCCGAGGGUAAAACUAUUCGCAAGAAGACGAUAAAGCGCGUCGUCAGGAAAAAAGGACCCAAGCAAGAAACUGUCGAAAUCACCACCACACAGGACGAUGACAAGGCUCCCGUCACCGAAAUCAACUUCGUGGAAGAAAAGCCGGCAGAAGAAGAAAAGCCACUCGAAAUUGUGGAACUGCCAGAAGAGACCGCAGUCGAGGAGACCGAAACGCCGGAAGGUAAGAAAACACACAAGAAAAUCACUAGACGCAUAAUCAAAAAGAAAGUAGGGCCCAAAAUACAGACUACAGAGAUCACCACUGAACAAGAAGACGACAAGACACCAGUAGUGUCAGUACACACCACCGAACAAACCACUGACGAAUCACUCAUUCCAUUCGAAACACCACAAAUCUUAGACAAGGCCGAAGUUAUCGAAGAAGAGCCUGACAAAGUGCAAGUUACUCAAGUGCGCACGGAGACGGGCGAGGUGAAGUCAGUCAAGGUAACCAAACGCGUCAUCAAAAAGAAGAAGGGCAAACAGCAGGAAGUCACAGAAAUAACCACGACGCAACAGGACGACGAGGCUCCCGUCACAACGGUCAGCGUCACCGCGGAAGAAAUCCCUGAAGAACAGAUUGCACCCGUGGAGAUAGCAGAACUGCCCGAAGAAACGGCCAUCGAAGAAAUAGAAACACCCGAGGGUAAAACUAUUCGCAAGAAGACGAUAAAGCGCGUCGUCAGGAAAAAAGGACCCAAGCAAGAAACUGUCGAAAUCACCACCACACAGGACGGUGACAAGGCUCCUGUCACCGAAAUCAACUUCGUGGAAGAAAAGCCGGCAGAAGAAGAAAAGCCACUCGAAAUUGUGGAACUGCCAGAAGAGACCGCAGUCGAGGAGACCGAAACGCCAGAAGGUAAGAAAACACACAAGAAAAUCACUAGACGCAUCAUCAAAAAGAAAGUAGGGCCCAAAAUACAGACUACAGAGAUCACCACUGAACAAGAAGACGACAAGACACCAGUAGUGUCGGUACACACCACCGAACAAACCACUGACGAAUCACUCAUUCCAUUCGAAACACCACAAAUCUUAGACAAGGCCGAAGUUAUCGAAGAAGAGCCUGACAAAGUGCAAGUUACUCAAGUGCGCACGGAGACGGGCGAGGUGAAGUCAGUCAAGGUAACCAAACGCGUCAUCAAAAAGAAGAAGGGCAAACAGCAGGAAGUCACAGAAAUAACCACGACGCAACAGGACGACGAGGCUCCCGUCACAACGGUCAGCGUCACCGCGGAAGAAAUCCCUGAAGAACAGAUUGCACCCGUGGAGAUAGCAGAACUGCCCGAAGAAACGGCCAUCGAAGAAAUAGAAACACCCGAGGGUAAAACUAUUCGCAAGAAGACGAUAAAGCGCGUCGUCAGGAAAAAAGGACCCAAGCAAGAAACUGUCGAAAUCACCACCACACAGGACGGUGACAAGGCUCCUGUCACCGAAAUCAACUUCGUGGAAGAAAAGCCGGCAGAAGAAGAAAAGCCACUCGAAAUUGUGGAACUGCCAGAAGAGACCGCAGUCGAGGAGACCGAAACGCCAGAAGGUAAGAAAACACACAAGAAAAUCACUAGACGCAUCAUCAAAAAGAAAGUAGGGCCCAAAAUACAGACUACAGAGAUCACCACUGAACAAGAAGACGACAAGACACCAGUAGUGUCGGUACACACCACCGAACAAACCACUGACGAAUCACUCAUUCCAUUCGAAACACCACAAAUCUUAGACAAGGCCGAAGUUAUCGAAGAAGAGCCUGACAAAGUGCAAGUUACUCAAGUGCGCACGGAGACGGGCGAGGUGAAGUCAGUCAAGGUAACCAAACGCGUCAUCAAAAAGAAGAAGGGCAAACAGCAAGAAGUCACAGAAAUAACCACGACGCAACAGGACGACGAGGCUCCUGUCACUACGGUCAGCGUCACCGCGGAAGAAAUCCCUGAAGAACAGAUUGCACCUGUGGAGAUAGCGGAACUGCCCGAAGAAACAGCCAUUGAAGAAAUAGAGACACCCGAGGGAAAAACUAUUCGCAAGAAGACGAUAAAGCGCGUCGUCAGGAAAAAAGGACCCAAGCAAGAAACUGUCGAAAUCACCACCACACAGGACGAUGACAAGGCUCCAGUCACCGAAAUCAACUUCGUGGAAGAAAAGCCGGCAGAAGAAGAAAAGCCACUUGAAAUUGUGGAACUGCCAGAAGAGACCGCAGUCGAGGAGACCGAAACGCCGGAAGGUAAGAAAACACACAAGAAAAUCACUAGACGCAUCAUCAAAAAGAAAGUAGGGCCCAAAAUACAGACUACAGAGAUCACCACUGAACAAGAAGACGACAAGACACCAGUAGUGUCGGUACACACCACCGAACAAACCACUGACGAAUCACUCAUUCCAUUCGAAACACCACAAAUCUUAGACAAGGCCGAAGUUAUCGAAGAAGAGCCUGACAAAGUGCAAGUUACUCAAGUGCGCACGGAGACGGGCGAGGUGAAGUCAGUCAAGGUAACCAAACGCGUCAUCAAAAAGAAGAAGGGCAAACAGCAGGAAGUCACAGAAAUAACAACGACGCAACAGGACGACGAGGCUCCAGUCACGACGGUCAGCGUGACCGAAGAACCAGUGCCCGAGCAGGAGGUCACCCCCAUCGAGACUGUAGAGCUACCGGAGGAAACCGCCGUCGAAGAAAUACAAACCCCCGAGGGUAAAAAGGUGGUCAAGAAAACCACAAAGCGCAUCGUGAGGAAGAAGGGCCCGAAACAAGAAACCGUCGAGGUCACAACUACGCAGGAGGACGACAAGGAGCCAGUUACAUCCGUCAACAUUGUCGAAGAAACGCCCACCGAAGACACGCCAGCCGAAGUUGUUGAAUUACCUGAACAAACGACCGUUGAGGAACUCGAAACGCCUGAAGGUAAGACUGUACACAAGAAAAUCACAAAACGCAUUAUCAAAAAGAAGGUAGGCCCCAAGACACAAACAACAGAGAUAACCACUGAACAGGAAGACGACAAAGCACCCGUUGUCUCCGUACACUCAACUGAACACAUCACAGACGAGGCUCUCACUCCAUUUGACACUUUACUAGUUACCGACACAGCAAAAUUGAUCGAAGAGGAACCUGAGAAGGUUCAGGUCACUCAGGUACGCACGGACACCGGCGACGUCAAAACAGUCAAGGUCUCUAAGCGCGUCAUCAAGAAGAAGCACGGUCCGAAGCAACAAGUAACUGAAAUCACCACGACGCAACAGGACGACGAGGCUCCAGUCACGACAGUCAGCGUGACCGAAGAACCAGUGCCCGAGCAGGAGGUCACCCCCAUCGAGACUGUAGAGCUACCGGAGGAAACCGCCGUCGAAGAAAUACAAACCCCCGAGGGUAAAAAGGUGGUCAAGAAAACCACAAAGCGCAUCGUGAGGAAGAAGGGCCCGAAACAAGAAACCGUCGAGGUCACAACUACGCAGGAGGACGACAAGGAGCCAGUUACAUCCGUCAACAUUGUCGAAGAAACGCCCACCGAAGACACGCCAGCCGAAGUGGUUGAAUUACCUGAACAAACGACCGUUGAGGAACUCGAAACGCCUGAAGGUAAGACUGUACACAAGAAAAUCACAAAACGCAUUAUCAAAAAGAAGGUAGGCCCCAAGACACAAACAACAGAGAUAACCACUGAGCAGGAAGACGACAAAGCACCCGUUGUCUCCGUACACUCAACUGAACACAUCACAGACGAGGCACUCACUCCAUUUGACACUUCACUAGUUACCGACACAGCAAAAUUGAUCGAAGAGGAACCUGAGAAGGUUCAGGUCACUCAGGUACGCACGGACACCGGCGACGUCAAAACAGUCAAGGUCUCUAAGCGCGUCAUCAAGAAGAAGCACGGUCCGAAGCAACAAGUAACUGAAAUCACCACGACGCAGCAGGACGACGAGGCUCCAGUCACUACGGUCAGCGUGACCGAAGAAUCAGUGCCCGAGCAGGAGGUCACCCCCAUCGAGACUGUAGAGCUACCGGAGGAAACCGCCGUCGAAGAAAUACAAACCCCCGAGGGUAAAAAGGUGGUCAAGAAAACCACAAAGCGCAUCGUGAGGAAGAAGGGCCCGAAACAAGAAACCGUCGAGGUCACAACUACGCAGGAGGACGACAAGGAGCCAGUUACAUCCGUCAACAUUGUCGAAGAAACGCCCACCGAAGACACGCCAGCCGAAGUUGUUGAAUUACCUGAACAAACGACCGUUGAGGAACUCGAAACGCCUGAAGGUAAGACUGUACACAAGAAAAUCACAAAACGCAUUAUCAAAAAGAAGGUAGGCCCCAAGACACAAACAACAGAGAUAACCACUGAGCAGGAAGACGACAAAGCACCCGUUGUCUCCGUACACUCAACUGAACACAUCACAGACGAGACACUCACUCCAUUUGACACUUCACUAGUUACCGACACAGCAAAAUUGAUCGAAGAGGAACCUGAGAAGGUUCAGGUCACUCAGGUACGCACGGACACCGGCGACGUCAAAACAGUCAAGGUCUCUAAGCGCGUCAUCAAGAAGAAGCACGGUCCGAAGCAACAAGUAACUGAAAUCACCACGACGCAGCAGGACGACGAGGCUCCAGUCACGACGGUCAGCGUGACCGAAGAACCAGUGCCCGAGCAGGAGGUCACCCCCAUCGAGACUGUAGAGCUACCGGAGGAAACCGCCGUCGAAGAAAUACAAACCCCCGAGGGUAAAAAGGUGGUCAAGAAAACCACAAAGCGCAUCGUGAGGAAGAAGGGCCCGAAACAAGAAACCGUCGAGGUCACAACUACGCAGGAGGACGACAAGGAGCCAGUUACAUCCGUCAACAUUGUCGAAGAAACGCCCACCGAAGACACGCCAGCCGAAGUGGUUGAAUUACCUGAACAAACGACCGUUGAGGAACUCGAAACGCCUGAAGGUAAGACUGUACACAAGAAAAUCACAAAACGCAUUAUCAAAAAGAAGGUAGGCCCCAAGACACAAACAACAGAGAUAACCACUGAACAGGAAGACGACAAAGCACCCGUUGUCUCCGUACACUCAACUGAACACAUCACAGACGAGACACUCACUCCAUUUGACACUUCACUAGCUACCGACACAGCAAAAUUGAUCGAAGAGGAGCCUGAGAAGGUUCAGGUCACUCAGGUACGCACGGACACCGGCGACGUCAAAACAGUCAAGGUCUCUAAGCGUGUCAUCAAGAAGAAGCACGGUCCGAAGCAACAAGUAACUGAAAUCACCACGACUCAGCAGGACGACGAAACUCCAGUCACGACGGUCAGCGUGACCGAAGAACCAGUACCCGAGCAGGAGGUCACCCCCAUCGAGACUGUAGAGCUACCGGAGGAAACCGCCGUCGAAGAAAUACAAACCCCCGAGGGUAAAAAGGUGGUCAAGAAAACCACAAAGCGCAUCGUGAGGAAGAAGGGCCCGAAACAAGAAACCGUCGAGGUCACAACUACGCAGGAGGACGACAAGGAGCCAGUUACAUCCGUCAACAUUGUCGAAGAAACGCCCACCGAAGACAAACCAGCCGAAGUUGUGGAAUUACCUGAACAAACGACCGUUGAGGAACUCGAAACGCCUGAAGGUAAGACUGUACACAAGAAAAUCACAAAACGCAUUAUCAAAAAGAAGGUAGGCCCCAAGACACAAACAACAGAGAUAACCACUGAGCAGGAAGACGACAAAGCACCCGUUGUCUCUGUACACUCAACUGAACACAUCACAGACGAGACACUCACUCCAUUUGACACUUCACUAGUUACCGACACAGCAAAAUUGGUCGAAGAGGAACCUGAGAAGGUUCAGGUCACUCAGGUACGCACGGACACCGGCGACGUCAAAACAGUCAAGGUCUCUAAGCGUGUCAUCAAGAAGAAGCACGGUCCGAAGCAACAAGUAACUGAAAUCACCACGACUCAGCAGGACGACGAAACUCCAGUCACGACGGUCAGCGUGACCGAAGAACCAGUACCCGAGCAGGAGGUCACCCCCAUCGAGACUGUAGAGCUACCGGAGGAAACCGCCGUCGAAGAAAUACAAACCCCCGAGGGUAAAAAGGUGGUCAAGAAAACCACAAAGCGCAUCGUGAGGAAGAAGGGCCCGAAACAAGAAACCGUCGAGGUCACAACUACGCAGGAGGACGACAAGGAGCCAGUUACAUCCGUCAACAUUGUCGAAGAAACGCCCACCGAAGACACGCCAGCCGAAGUGGUUGAAUUACCUGAACAAACGACCGUUGAGGAACUCGAAACGCCUGAAGGUAAGACUGUACACAAGAAAAUCACAAAACGCAUUAUCAAAAAGAAGGUAGGCCCCAAGACACAAACAACAGAGAUAACCACUGAGCAGGAAGACGACAAAGCACCCGUUGUCUCCGUACACUCAACUGAACACAUCACAGACGAGGCACUCACUCCAUUUGACACUUCACUAGUUACAGACACAGCAAAAUUGAUCGAAGAGGAACCUGAGAAGGUUCAGGUCACUCAGGUACGCACGGACACCGGCGACGUCAAAACAGUCAAGGUCUCUAAGCGCGUCAUCAAGAAGAAGCACGGUCCGAAGCAACAAGUAACUGAAAUCACCACGACGCAACAGGACGACGAGGCUCCAGUCACGACAGUCAGCGUGACCGAAGAACCAGUGCCCGAGCAGGAGGUCACCCCCAUCGAGACUGUAGAGCUACCGGAGGAAACCGCCGUCGAAGAAAUACAAACCCCCGAGGGUAAAAAGGUGGUCAAGAAAACCACAAAGCGCAUCGUGAGGAAGAAGGGCCCGAAACAAGAAACCGUCGAGGUCACAACUACGCAGGAGGACGACAAGGAGCCAGUUACAUCCGUCAACAUUGUCGAAGAAACGCCCACUGAAGACACGCCAGCCGAAGUGGUUGAAUUACCUGAACAAACGACCGUUGAGGAACUCGAAACGCCUGAAGGUAAGACUGUACACAAGAAAAUCACAAAACGCAUUAUCAAAAAGAAGGUAGGCCCCAAGACACAAACAACAGAGAUAACCACUGAGCAGGAAGACGACAAAGCACCCGUUGUCUCUGUACACUCAACUGAACACAUCACAGACGAGACACUCACUCCAUUUGACACUUCACUAGUUACCGACACAGCAAAAUUGGUCGAAGAGGAACCUGAGAAGGUUCAGGUCACUCAGGUACGCACGGACACCGGCGACGUCAAAACAGUCAAGGUCUCUAAGCGUGUCAUCAAGAAGAAGCACGGUCCGAAGCAACAAGUAACUGAAAUCACCACGACUCAGCAGGACGACGAAACUCCAGUCACGACGGUCAGCGUGACCGAAGAACCAGUACCCGAGCAGGAGGUCACCCCCAUCGAGACUGUAGAGCUACCGGAGGAAACCGCCGUCGAAGAAAUACAAACCCCCGAGGGUAAAAAGGUGGUCAAGAAAACCACAAAGCGCAUCGUGAGGAAGAAGGGCCCGAAACAAGAAACCGUCGAGGUCACAACUACGCAGGAGGACGACAAGGAGCCAGUUACAUCCGUCAACAUUGUCGAAGAAACGCCCACCGAAGACACGCCAGCCGAAGUGGUUGAAUUACCUGAACAAACGACCGUUGAGGAACUCGAAACGCCUGAAGGUAAGACUGUACACAAGAAAAUCACAAAACGCAUUAUCAAAAAGAAGGUAGGCCCCAAGACACAAACAACAGAGAUAACCACUGAGCAGGAAGACGACAAAGCACCCGUUGUCUCCGUACACUCAACUGAACACAUCACAGACGAGGCACUCACUCCAUUUGACACUUCACUAGUUACCGACACAGCAAAAUUGAUCGAAGAGGAACCUGAGAAGGUUCAGGUCACUCAGGUACGCACGGACACCGGCGACGUCAAAACAGUCAAGGUCUCUAAGCGCGUCAUAAAGAAGAAGCACGGUCCGAAGCAACAAGUAACUGAAAUCACCACGACGCAGCAAGACGACGAGGCUCCAGUCACGACAGUCAGCGUGACCGAAGAACCAGUGCCCGAGCAGGAGGUCACCCCCAUCGAGACUGUAGAGCUACCGGAGGAAACCGCCGUCGAAGAAAUACAAACCCCCGAGGGUAAAAAGGUGGUCAAGAAAACCACAAAGCGCAUCGUGAGGAAGAAGGGCCCGAAACAAGAAACCGUCGAGGUCACAACUACGCAGGAGGACGACAAGGAGCCAGUUACAUCCGUCAACAUUGUCGAAGAAACGCCCACCGAAGACAAACCAGCCGAAGUUGUGGAAUUACCUGAACAAACGACCGUUGAGGAACUCGAAACGCCUGAAGGUAAGACUGUACACAAGAAAAUCACAAAACGCAUUAUCAAAAAGAAGGUAGGCCCCAAGACACAAACCACACACAUCACAACAGAACAGGAAGACGACAAAGCACCUGUCGUCUCCGUACACACAACAGAACACAUCACAGAUGAAACACUCACUCCGUUUGACACAUCACUAGUCACCGACACAGCAAAAUUGAUCAAAGAGGAACCUGAGAAGGUUCAGGUCACUCAGGUACGCACGGACACCGGCGACGUCAAAACAGUCAAGGUCUCCAAGCGCGUCAUAAAGAAGAAGCACGGUCCGAAGCAACAAGUAACUGAAAUCACCACGACGCAGCAGGACGACGAGGCUCCAGUCACGACGGUCAGCGUGACCGAAGAACCAGUGCCCGAGCAGGAGGUCACCCCCAUCGAGACUGUAGAGCUACCGGAGGAAACCGCCGUCGAAGAAAUACAAACCCCCGAGGGUAAAAAGGUGGUCAAGAAAACCACAAAGCGCAUCGUGAGGAAGAAGGGCCCGAAACAAGAAACCGUCGAGGUCACAACUACGCAGGAGGAUGACAAGGAGCCAGUUACAUCCGUCAACAUUGUCGAAGAAACUCCCACCGAAGACACGCCAGCCGAAGUGGUUGAAUUACCUGAACAAACGACCGUUGAGGAACUCGAAACGCCUGAAGGUAAGACUGUACACAAGAAAAUCACAAAACGCAUUAUCAAAAAGAAGGUAGGCCCCAAGACACAAACCACACACAUCACAACAGAACAGGAAGACGACAAAGCACCUGUCGUCUCCGUACACACAACUGAACACAUCACAGAUGAAACACUCACUCCGUUUGACACAUCACUAGUCACCGACACAGCAAAAUUGAUCGAAGAGGAACCUGAGAAGGUUCAGGUCACUCAGGUACGCACGGACACCGGCGACGUCAAAACAGUCAAGGUCUCUAAGCGCGUCAUCAAGAAGAAGCACGGUCCGAAACAACAAGUAACUGAAAUCACCACGACGCAGCAGGACGACGAGGCUCCAGUCACGACGGUCAGCGUGACCGAAGAACCAGUGCCCGAGCAGGAGGUCACCCCCAUCGAGACUGUAGAGCUACCGGAGGAAACCGCCGUCGAAGAAAUACAAACCCCCGAGGGUAAAAAGGUGGUCAAGAAAACCACAAAGCGCAUCGUGAGGAAGAAGGGCCCGAAACAAGAAACCGUCGAGGUCACAACUACGCAGGAGGACGACAAGGAGCCAGUUACAUCCGUCAACAUUGUCGAAGAAACGCCCACCGAAGACAAACCAGCCGAGGUAGUGGAAUUACCUGAACAAACGACCGUUGAGGAACUCGAAACGCCUGAAGGUAAGACUGUACACAAGAAAAUCACAAAACGCAUUAUCAAAAAGAAGGUAGGCCCCAAGACACAAACCACACACAUCACAACAGAACAGGAAGACGACAAAGCACCUGUCGUCUCCGUACACACAACAGAACACAUCACAGACGACACAAUCACUCCAUUUGACACAUCACUAGUUACAGACACAGCAAAAUUGAUCGAAGAGGAACCUGAGAAGGUUCAGGUCACUCAGGUACGCACGGACACCGGCGACGUCAAAACAGUCAAGGUCUCUAAGCGCGUCAUCAAGAAGAAGCACGGUCCGAAGCAACAAGUAACUGAAAUCACCACGUCGCAGCAGGACGACGAGGCUCCAGUCACGACGGUCAGCGUGACCGAAGAACCAGUGCCCGAGCAGGAGGUCACCCCCAUCGAGACUGUAGAGCUACCGGAGGAAACCGCCGUCGAAGAAAUACAAACCCCCGAGGGUAAAAAGGUGGUCAAGAAAACCACAAAGCGCAUCGUGAGGAAGAAGGGCCCGAAACAAGAAACCGUCGAGGUCACAACUACGCAGGAGGACGACAAGGAGCCAGGUACAUCCGUCAACAUUGUCGAAGAAACGCCCACUGAAGACACGCCAGCCGAAGUGGUUGAAUUACCUGAACAAACGACCGUUGAGGAACUCGAAACGCCUGAAGGUAAGACUGUACACAAGAAAAUCACAAAACGCAUUAUCAAAAAGAAGGUAGGCCCCAAGACACAAACCACACACAUCACAACAGAACAGGAAGACGACAAAGCACCUGUCGUCUCCGUACACACAACUGAACACAUCACAGAUGAAACACUCACUCCGUUUGACACAUCACUAGUCACCGACACAGCAAAAUUGAUCGAAGAGGAACCUGAGAAGGUUCAGGUCACUCAGGUACGCACGGACACCGGCGACGUCAAAACAGUCAAGGUCUCUAAGCGCGUCAUCAAGAAGAAGCACGGUCCGAAGCAACAAGUAACUGAAAUCACCACGACGCAGCAGGACGACGAGGCUCCAGUCACGACGGUCAGCGUGACCGAAGAACCAGUGCCCGAGCAGGAGGUCACCCCCAUCGAGACUGUAGAGCUACCGGAAGAAACCGCCGUCGAAGAAAUACAAACCCCCGAGGGUAAAAAGGUGGUCAAGAAAACCACAAAGCGCAUCGUGAGGAAGAAGGGCCCGAAACAAGAAACCGUCGAGGUCACAACUACGCAGGAGGAUGACAAGGAGCCAGUUACAUCCGUCAAAAUUGUCGAAGAAACGCCCACCGAAGACACGCCAGCCGAAGUUGUUGAAUUACCUGAACAAACGACCGUUGAGGAACUCGAAACGCCUGAAGGUAAGACUGUACACAAGAAAAUCACAAAACGCAUUAUCAAAAAGAAGGUAGGCCCCAAGACACAAACCACACACAUCACAACAGAACAGGAAGACGACAAAACACCUGUCGUCUCCGUACACACAACUGAACACAUCACAGAUGAAACACUCACUCCGUUUGACACAUCACUAGUCACCGACACAGCAAUAUUGAUCGAAGAGGAACCUGAGAAGGUUCAGGUCACUCAGGUACGCACGGACACCGGCGACGUCAAAACAGUCAAGGUCUCUAAGCGCGUCAUCAAGAAGAAGCACGGUCCGAAGCAACAAGUAACUGAAAUCACCACGACGCAGCAGGACGACGAGGCUCCAGUCACGACGGUCAGCGUGACCGAAGAACCAGUGCCCGAGCAGGAGGUCACCCCCAUCGAGACUGUAGAGCUACCGGAAGAAACCGCCGUCGAAGAAAUACAAACCCCCGAGGGUAAAAAGGUGGUCAAGAAAACCACAAAGCGCAUCGUGAGGAAGAAGGGCCCGAAACAAGAAACCGUCGAGGUCACAACUACGCAGGAGGACGACAAGGAGCCAGUUACAUCCGUCAAAAUUGUCGAAGAAACGCCCACCGAAGACACGCCAGCCGAAGUUGUUGAAUUACCUGAACAAACGACCGUUGAGGAACUCGAAACGCCUGAAGGUAAGACUGUACACAAGAAAAUCACAAAACGCAUUAUCAAAAAGAAGGUAGGCCCCAAGACACAAACCACACACAUCACAACAGAAAAGGAAGACGACAAAGCACCUGUCGUCUCCGUACACACAACUGAACACAUCACAGAUGACACACUCACUCCAUUUGACACAUCACUAGUUACAGACACAGCAAAAUUGAUCGAAGAGGAACCUGAGAAGGUUCAGGUCACUCAGGUACGCACGGACACCGGCGACGUCAAAACAGUCAAGGUCUCUAAGCGCGUCAUCAAGAAGAAGCACGGUCCGAAGCAACAAGUAACUGAAAUCACCACGACGCAGCAGGACGACGAGGCUCCAGUCACGACGGUCAGCGUGACCGAAGAAACUGUGCUCGAGCAAGUCACCCCCAUAGAGACUGUAGAGCUACCGGAGGAAACCGCCGUCGAAGAAAUUCAAACCCCCGAGGGUAAAAAGGUGGUCAAGAAAACCACAAAGCGCAUCGUGAGAAAGAAGGGCCCGAAACAAGAAACCGUCGAGGUCACAACUACGCAGGAGGACGACAAGGAGCCAGUUACAUCCGUCAACAUUGUCGAAGAAACGCCCACCGAAGACAAACCAGCCGAAGUUGUGGAAUUACCUGAACAAACGACCGUUGAGGAACUCGAAACGCCUGAAGGUAAGACUGUACACAAGAAAAUCACAAAACGCAUUAUCAAAAAGAAGGUAGGCCCCAAGACACAAACCACACACAUCACAACAGAACAGGAAGACGACAAAACACCUGUCGUCUCCGUACACACAACAGAACACAUCACAGAUGACACACUCACUCCAUUUGACACAUCACUAGUUACAGACACAGCAAAAUUGAUCGAAGAGGAACCUGAGAAGGUUCAGGUCACUCAGGUACGCACGGACACCGGCGACGUCAAAACAGUCAAGGUUUCUAAGCGCGUCAUCAAGAAGAAGCACGGUCCGAAACAACAAGUAACUGAAAUCACCACGACGCAGCAGGACGACGAGGCUCCAGUCACGACGGUCAGCGUGACCGAAGAACCAGUGCCCGAGCAGGAGGUCACCCCCAUCGAGACUGUAGAGCUACCGGAGGAAACCGCCGUCGAAGAAAUACAAACCCCCGAGGGUAAAAAGGUGGUCAAGAAAACCACAAAGCGCAUCGUGAGGAAGAAGGGCCCGAAACAAGAAACCGUCGAGGUCACAACUACGCAGGAGGACGACAAGGAGCCAGUUACAUCCGUCAACAUUGUCGAAGAAACGCCCACCGAAGACACGCCAGCCGAAGUGGUUGAAUUACCUGAACAAACGACCGUUGAGGAACUCGAAACGCCUGAAGGUAAGACUGUACACAAGAAAAUCACAAAACGCAUUAUCAAAAAGAAGGUAGGCCCCAAGACACAAACCACACACAUCACAACAGAACAGGAAGACGACAAAGCACCUGUCGUCUCCGUACACACAACAGAACACAUCACAGAUGACACACUCACUCCAUUUGACACAUCACUAGUUACAGACACAGCAAAAUUGAUCGAAGAGGAACCUGAGAAGGUUCAGGUCACUCAGGUACGCACGGACACCGGCGACGUCAAAACAGUCAAGGUUUCUAAGCGCGUCAUCAAGAAGAAGCACGGUCCGAAACAACAAGUAACUGAAAUCACCACGACGCAGCAGGACGACGAGGCUCCAGUCACGACGGUCAGCGUGACCGAAGAACCAGUGCCCGAGCAGGAGGUCACCCCCAUCGAGACUGUAGAGCUACCGGAGGAAACCGCCGUCGAAGAAAUACAAACCCCCGAGGGUAAAAAGGUGGUCAAGAAAACCACAAAGCGCAUCGUGAGGAAGAAGGGCCCGAAACAAGAAACCGUCGAGGUCACAACUACGCAGGAGGACGACAAGGAGCCAGUUACAUCCGUCAACAUUGUCGAAGAAACGCCCACCGAAGACACGCCAGCCGAAGUAGUUGAAUUACCUGAACAAACGACCGUUGAGGAACUCGAAACGCCUGAAGGUAAGACUGUACACAAGAAAAUCACAAAACGCAUUAUCAAAAAGAAGGUAGGCCCCAAGACACAAACCACACACAUCACAACAGAACAGGAAGACGACAAAGCACCUGUCGUCUCCGUACACACAACAGAACACAUCACAGAUGACACACUCACUCCAUUUGACACAUCACUAGUUACAGACACAGCAAAAUUGAUCGAAGAGGAACCUGAGAAGGUUCAGGUCACUCAGGUACGCACGGACACCGGCGACGUCAAAACAGUCAAGGUUUCUAAGCGCGUCAUCAAGAAGAAGCACGGUCCGAAGCAACAAGUAACUGAAAUCACCACGACGCAGCAGGACGACGAGGCUCCAGUCACGACGGUCAGCGUGACCGAAGAACCAGUGCCCGAGCAGGAGGUCACCCCCAUCGAGACUGUAGAGCUACCGGAGGAAACCGCCGUCGAAGAAAUACAAACCCCCGAGGGUAAAAAGGUGGUCAAGAAAACCACAAAGCGCAUCGUGAGGAAGAAGGGCCCGAAACAAGAAACCGUCGAGGUCACAACUACGCAGGAGGACGACAAGGAGCCAGUUACAUCCGUCAACAUUGUCGAAGAAACGCCCACCGAAGACACGCCAGCCGAAGUGGUUGAAUUACCUGAACAAACGACCGUUGAGGAACUCGAAACGCCUGAAGGUAAGACUGUACACAAGAAAAUCACAAAACGCAUUAUCAAAAAGAAGGUAGGCCCCAAGACACAAACCACACACAUCACAACAGAACAGGAAGACGACAAAGCACCUGUCGUCUCCGUACACACAACAGAACACAUCACAGAUGACACACUCACUCCAUUUGACACAUCACUAGUUACAGACACAGCAAAAUUGAUCGAAGAGGAACCUGAGAAGGUUCAGGUCACUCAGGUACGCACGGACACCGGCGACGUCAAAACAGUCAAGGUUUCUAAGCGCGUCAUCAAGAAGAAGCACGGUCCGAAACAACAAGUAACUGAAAUCACCACGACGCAGCAGGACGACGAGGCUCCAGUCACGACGGUCAGCGUGACCGAAGAACCAGUGCCCGAGCAGGAGGUCACCCCCAUCGAGACUGUAGAGCUACCGGAGGAAACCGCCGUCGAAGAAAUACAAACCCCCGAGGGUAAAAAGGUGGUCAAGAAAACCACAAAGCGCAUCGUGAGGAAGAAGGGCCCGAAACAAGAAACCGUCGAGGUCACAACUACGCAGGAGGACGACAAGGAGCCAGUUACAUCCGUCAACAUUGUCGAAGAAACGCCCACCGAAGACACGCCAGCCGAAGUGGUUGAAUUACCUGAACAAACGACCGUUGAGGAACUCGAAACGCCUGAAGGUAAGACUGUACACAAGAAAAUCACAAAACGCAUUAUCAAAAAGAAGGUAGGCCCCAAGACACAAACCACACACAUCACAACAGAACAGGAAGACGACAAAGCACCUGUCGUCUCCGUACACACAACAGAACACAUCACAGAUGACACACUCACUCCAUUUGACACAUCACUAGUUACAGACACAGCAAAAUUGAUCGAAGAGGAACCUGAGAAGGUUCAGGUCACUCAGGUACGCACGGACACCGGCGACGUCAAAACAGUCAAGGUUUCUAAGCGCGUCAUCAAGAAGAAGCACGGUCCGAAACAACAAGUAACUGAAAUCACCACGACGCAGCAGGACGACGAGGCUCCAGUCACGACGGUCAGCGUGACCGAAGAACCAGUGCCCGAGCAGGAGGUCACCCCCAUCGAGACUGUAGAGCUACCGGAGGAAACCGCCGUCGAAGAAAUACAAACCCCCGAGGGUAAAAAGGUGGUCAAGAAAACCACAAAGCGCAUCGUGAGGAAGAAGGGCCCGAAACAAGAAACCGUCGAGGUCACAACUACGCAGGAGGACGACAAGGAGCCAGUUACAUCCGUCAACAUUGUCGAAGAAACGCCCACCGAAGACACGCCAGCCGAAGUAGUUGAAUUACCUGAACAAACGACCGUUGAGGAACUCGAAACGCCUGAAGGUAAGACUGUACACAAGAAAAUCACAAAACGCAUUAUCAAAAAGAAGGUAGGCCCCAAGACACAAACCACACACAUCACAACAGAACAGGAAGACGACAAAGCACCUGUCGUCUCCGUACACACAACAGAACACAUCACAGAUGACACACUCACUCCAUUUGACACAUCACUAGUUACAGACACAGCAAAAUUGAUCGAAGAGGAACCUGAGAAGGUUCAGGUCACUCAGGUACGCACGGACACCGGCGACGUCAAAACAGUCAAGGUUUCUAAGCGCGUCAUCAAGAAGAAGCACGGUCCGAAACAACAAGUAACUGAAAUCACCACGACGCAGCAGGACGACGAGGCUCCAGUCACGACGGUCAGCGUGACCGAAGAACCAGUGCCCGAGCAGGAGGUCACCCCCAUCGAGACUGUAGAGCUACCGGAGGAAACCGCCGUCGAAGAAAUACAAACCCCCGAGGGUAAAAAGGUGGUCAAGAAAACCACAAAGCGCAUCGUGAGGAAGAAGGGCCCGAAACAAGAAACCGUCGAGGUCACAACUACGCAGGAGGACGACAAGGAGCCAGUUACAUCCGUCAACAUUGUCGAAGAAACGCCCACCGAAGACACGCCAGCCGAAGUAGUUGAAUUACCUGAACAAACGACCGUUGAGGAACUCGAAACGCCUGAAGGUAAGACUGUACACAAGAAAAUCACAAAACGCAUUAUCAAAAAGAAGGUAGGCCCCAAGACACAAACCACACACAUCACAACAGAACAGGAAGACGACAAAGCACCUGUCGUCUCCGUACACACAACAGAACACAUCACAGAUGACACACUCACUCCAUUUGACACAUCACUAGUUACAGACACAGCAAAAUUGAUCGAAGAGGAACCUGAGAAGGUUCAGGUCACUCAGGUACGCACGGACACCGGCGACGUCAAAACAGUCAAGGUUUCUAAGCGCGUCAUCAAGAAGAAGCACGGUCCGAAGCAACAAGUAACUGAAAUCACCACGACGCAGCAGGACGACGAGGCUCCAGUCACGACGGUCAGCGUGACCGAAGAACCAGUGCCCGAGCAGGAGGUCACCCCCAUCGAGACUGUAGAGCUACCGGAGGAAACCGCCGUCGAAGAAAUACAAACCCCCGAGGGUAAAAAGGUGGUCAAGAAAACCACAAAGCGCAUCGUGAGGAAGAAGGGCCCGAAACAAGAAACCGUCGAGGUCACAACUACGCAGGAGGACGACAAGGAGCCAGUUACAUCCGUCAACAUUGUCGAAGAAACGCCCACCGAAGACACGCCAGCCGAAGUAGUUGAAUUACCUGAACAAACGACCGUUGAGGAACUCGAAACGCCUGAAGGUAAGACUGUACACAAGAAAAUCACAAAACGCAUUAUCAAAAAGAAGGUAGGCCCCAAGACACAAACCACACACAUCACAACAGAACAGGAAGACGACAAAGCACCUGUCGUCUCCGUACACACAACUGAACACAUCACAGAUGAAACACUCACUCCGUUUGACACAUCACUAGUCACCGACACAGCAAAAUUGAUCGAAGAGGAACCUGAGAAGGUUCAGGUCACUCAGGUACGCACGGACACCGGCGACGUCAAAACAGUCAAGGUCUCUAAGCGCGUCAUCAAGAAGCACGGUCCGAAGCAACAAAUAACUGAAAUCACCACGACGCAGCAAGACGACGAGGCUCCAGUCACGACGGUCAGCGUGUCCGAAGAACCAGUGCCCGAGCAGGAGGUCACCCCCAUCGAAACUGUAGACCUGCCGGAGGAAACCGCCGUCGAAGAAAUACAAACCCCCGAGGAUAAAAAGGUGGUCAAGAAAACCACAAAGCGCGUCGUGAGGAAGAAGGGCCCGAAACAAGAAACCGUCGAGGUCACAACUACGCAGGAGGACGACAAGGAGCCAGUUACAUCCAUCAACAUUGUCGAAGAAACGCCCACAGAAGACACGCCAGCCGAACUUGUUGAAUUACCUGAACAAACGACCGUUGAGGAACUCGAAACGCCUGAAGAUACAGAAACUUUAGAUUUGGAGAACAAACAGCCCCAGCCCAUAAAGAAGCACAAGAAAACAAUUAAGAAAAAGGAUAUUUCAACAGAGGAAGAUACAGUCGAUGCGUCAUUAGAUAAGCCCCAAAAAACACUAAUCGAGGAUGCCGAUGGAGCGACAACUAAAGAAAAGGCUAAUAAAAAACCAAAACUAAUUCCGAUUAAAAUUGAACGUAUGGAUGUUAAGCUAAGUGAAGCUCAGCAUCCUGAAAAUGUUGAAGGUCCGCAAUUUACUAAACUAAAGUUAAAAAAGCCUUCAUUGAAACCUAAACAAGAAGUUACGCAGAUUACAUUACCUAAGUUUCAAUUAAAAAGCCGUAUACGUUAUGUCAAUGAUUGGCCACCACAAGACAUUAAACCUGUAAUAACAUAUUUAGGAAGUGUAAGACAAAACGGUGAAUUAUCGAGAAAUAUUAAAGAAGCUUCAAAAAUAAAAAAGAAAUCACUGAAAUUGCCAGAAAUACCAGAUUUAGAGAAAGUCAAACUUGAAGAACCUGAAAAAAUGGACUUUGAGUACAGUUCUCUUAAAUUAGAAAAACCUUGUUUAAUCUCACCAGAAAAUGCGGAAGUCGUAGACAUCACAGAAUCACCAUCACGUUUAAAGCCAACUGAUGACGAAAAAACGCCACUAGAAGAUGACAAGGUAGUGAAAACGAUUACUCCUACAGAGAUGUUGGAGGAACCUAAAGAUAACCAAAUAUUACCAUCACGUGACAAGCCAACUGAUGAAGUAAAACCGCUAACAGAAGAUACUCCCACAGAUGAACCUAAAGAUGAACAAAUGUCUGAAACUGAAGUGAAAGAAGAUUUCAGUAAGCCUAUUGUAGAAAAAUCUGAAACACCUGAAGAGCUGCCACAAAAAACAAGCAAACAAAAGCCUAAAAAGCCAUCUAAAAAGGAAGGACAUCCACAACCAGAUCAACCAGAUCUAAAAGAACCAGUAACGUCUACUGUUGAGAUGCCAAAUAAGGAUGUAAAGAAAAGUGAACCUGUGAAAAUAAUUGCACAGGAUGAGCAGCCUGCAAUGCAAGAAGAUUUAAUUGAACCCAAUAGCAUUGAGAAACAGGUACCGGAUACGCCUAUUUCGCCCAAGGAAGAUAAUUUAUCACCUAUAAAACUCGCAGAAAAGAAACCUAAAAAAACAAAGAAAAAAGAAGUCAAAGAACAAAUCACAGAACCUAUUAAAGAAAACGUGCCAGACUACGAUAAACAGGAUGUUAAAGAUGAUUUUGUAGAAAACGAACCAGAAAUUAAGCCUGUAGAAGUUGAAAAACGUACUGAGAAAAUCAAUGAUGAUAAAAAGAUUAAAAAACAUAAAGAUACUAAGGCCAAAGAUAAAUCCGAGAAGCCUGAAGAAAAUCUUGUCACGGAAAUUGUAGAAGAAAAGCCCGUAGAACCUCUUAAAAAGAAAAUGAGUAAAUCAAAGCUGACACCUAUAACAAUAGAACGUAAGACCAUUAAACUAAGUCAGGCUCAACACGCUGAAAACGUUGAAUCUCCUCAGUUCACGAAAUUGAAAUUAAAGAAAACAAUUACUAAACCAAAACCAGAAAGUGCUACUACGCCAUUACCGAAAUUUCAACUAAAAAGUCGAAUAACUUAUGUGCGAGAUUGGCCACCUAAAGCUAACCUACCUCUUAUAAGUUUCUUAGGUAGUGUACGUCAAAACGGAAUUUUAUCAAGAAAUGUUAAAGAAGCCGCCAAAAUAAAGAAAAAAGUUUUUAAACAACCUGAAAUACCUGACAUCGAAAAAACAGAACUUGAGAAACCAAUGUUUGGGCACGAAGAUAUAAUUCAGACGAGAAAACAAAGUGAUGCAAAAAUAGAGGAUGACGAAACACCUGAACAAAUCAUAGAUGAUGAACCAGAACAAGUCACUCUUAAGCCUAGACGCCCUAGCGUCAAGAAGUCGGAAGAAAUAGUAGAUGAAGUCACAAUAAAAAAGAAAUUGAAGCCUUUAAGAAAAUCUUCCGUUACAUUGCCAGAAAUAACGGAACCUGAAAAUGUGACAUUCAGACCUAAAUCUACCAAAACAAAAGAAGAUGUUGAACAAGAAUUUAGUAUACAUUUGGACUCAUAUGCCGAAGAGGAAAUUUCUAUGUCUAGUAAAGUUAAACUAAAACCACAGAGACACCCUACGUUUAAUGAGGAAGCCAAUGAAGCAUCGAUCAAAUUUUACGAGGAAGAAGAAGAAGAAGGCCCUGAAAUAGUAGAAAUUAUGGACAGUGAUGAGGACAAAGCCGAUGAAAUGGCGCACGUUAUGAUGCCACUAAAAAAGAAAAUUCCAACUAAAACUGAACAGUUCGAGGAAAUAAGUUCAAGCGUUACGCUUCAUAAACCUAAAAAGGAGCAAGAUUCCGAAAUAACGCAAGACGUUGAAGUUACUUUGGGCAGAAAGCCGAAAUAUUCAACUGAAAAUCAGGAAGAAGUAAUAUUUGAUGUCAAAACACAAAAGGAACAAUACACACAAGAAGAAUUAUCUCUAUCAAGUAAAGUUAAACUUAAAGCUAAAAAGAAGGUUACUGUUUCCGAAGCGGCAGAUGAGACAUCAAUUCGAUUAACACAAGAAGUAGAAGAUGAUAGCCAGCAAGAAGAAAUUAUUAUUAGCGAAGCGGAAUCUGAAGAAAAUAUUGAAAUGGUUAUUAAGCGUAAACCCAAAAAACCGGCAUACGAGGUUAGUGAAAUAGAAGAACUGAGUGUCGACUUGAAGCCUUCUCGGCAGAAGGCUGACACUUAUGAGGAAGAGCAACUUACCAUUUUAGCCAAACGAAAACCUAGAAAACCAUCACAACUGCAGGAGGCAGAUGUAUCAAUGAGUAUCGCGAGAGAACAAGAAUUUCCAGAAACCCCGCUCGACGUACGAAGUGGCGACACUGUAUUUGCAGUUUAUUCAUACGUGGCUGAAACUGAUGAAGCAAUUAACCUCGUGGAGGGUGAACGACUAUACAUACUAGAAACAACAAAUCAAGAUUGGUGGUUCGUUCGCAAACAUCUGACAGAGGAGAAAGGCUGGGUUCCUGCACAGUAUUUGAUGGAUGAAGCCAACUAUACACUGUAUUUACAGAAAAAGUUAAAUGAGAAAAUCGAUAAGCUUCCUGUAUUUGAGAAACCAGCAUCAGAGGAGCAAGCUAAAGCUCCGAUUUUCGUAGAGAAAUUGCGACCAAAACAUACACCUGAUGGUUCAACUGUACAAUUUGAGUGCCAAGUAGAAGGGUAUCCAAGGCCACAAAUAACAUGGUUUAGACAAACUGCUAUUAUUAAACCAUCACAGGAUUUCCAAAUGUACUACGAUGACGAUAACGUCGCUACUCUUGUUAUUCGAGAAGUAUUUCCUGAAGAUGCGGGUACCUUUACGUGUGUAGCCAAAAAUGCUGCUGGAUUUGCAUCAAGUACUACCGAGCUCGUAGUAGAAGCUCCUCUUUCAGAUCACGGUUCUGAAAUGACCAUUUUAUCAAGAAAGAGUCUUUCCCGAGAGUCGUCUCUGGCUGAUAUCUUAGAAGGCAUACCCCCAACAUUUUCUAAAAGACCAAAAGCACAAUAUGUUGAUGAAGGUUCACAAAUAUUCUUAGAAUGUAGACUGGUAGCUAUUCCAGAACCUGAUAUUGCAUGGUUCUUUAAAGGAGAAGAAAUAAUCCCCGAUGAAAACAUAUCAGUGGCUACUGAAUCGGACAUGCAUAUGUAUUGCAGUGUGCUAAAAGUGUCAAAUGUUAAGAAAUUCCAAGAAGGGACAUACACAGUUCUAGCGGUAAAUAGGGAAGGUGAAGCUAGUUUGCCUAUUGUACUCAAAAUAAAAACGGGUCAAAAAGAAAAACCACAAGUGAUAGAACCAUUAAAGAGCAUGACUAUAAGAGAAGGUGAAAGUGUGGUCUUAACUACACAAGUUGUUGGGAAUCCGCAGCCAAAGGUUACCUGGUAUAGAAACAAUGUACCAAUAAAAUCACAAACUACAAAAACAGACGGCGACACACAUACUAUAACAAUAAUUAAGCCCAAAAAGGGCAAAGACGAUGGUGUUUACAGUUUAAAAGCUGUCAACUCUGAAGGAUCUACAGAAACAAAUGCUGUCAUAACCAUAGAAGAACCCACUGAGGAAAAUGCAGAACCACCUCUCUUCAUCAACAGAUUCCAAGAAAUAACUGUCAAAGAAAAAGGAACUAUAAAACUAGUGGCAAGAGUUACAGGAAAUCCGGUGCCAACUAUUACAUGGUACAGAAACAACCAAAUCAUUACCCCAUCGAAUACCGUCACUCAAACUUUCGAUGGAGAAAAUAUUCAAUUAAUAAUAACGAACGUUGAUUCUGAGAUCGAUUCUGGUGACUACAAAUGUGUCGCCUCAAACAGCGCAGGCAAAGCAUCUCAUGGAGCUCGUGUGACAAUCGAUGUUGAUAAAGUAACUUUUGUUAAAAACUUACAAAAUAUAUAUGAAAUUGAAGAGGGAAAGACAGUUGUCUUGGAGUGCCAAACAUCUCAUACAGUGUCGACCAAAUGGUACCAUAAUGAUCAAGAACUUAGCGGCAUGGAUCACAGAGAGAUUAUACAAGAAGGACGAACUCACAAAUUAAGAAUCAAAAAGACUAAGUUAACUGACGUCGGAAUAGUCAAAUGUGUUGUCAAAGGACAGGAAACAAGCACAAAAUUAAUAGUUCACGAAACCAUUCCUGAGUUUGUACGUAAGUUACAAGACUUUGAAGUGAAAGAAAGAGAUAUUGCUAUCUUAGAAGUUGAAAUCAAUUCAGAAACGGCUGAUGUAUUUUGGGAAAAGGAUGGAGAAAGAAUUAAACCUAAGAAAAAUAAGUAUGAUUUAGAAAAACGAGGCAAUGUACGUAAGCUCUUCAUUAGAAAUACCUCAGUGCACGACGAAGGAGAAUAUACUUGUAUACUACGUGACGACACUUGUACGGCUGAGGUGACAGUUGUCGAAUUACCUCCUGAAAUAAUAUCAAGGCUUCAAGAUCAAAAAGUUAGCAAAGGUAACAAAGCUAUAUUCGAAAUAGAACUGACUAAAGGUGACGCAUUAGUUCGCUGGUUCAAAGAUGGAUCAGAAAUUCAAUUUUCCAACCAUAUACAGUUAACUAUUGAUGGCAAGAAGCAGAAAUUAAAAAUAUAUGACACUGACAGUAGUGAUGCUGGUGAAUAUUCAUGUGAAGUGGGCAGCGACAGAUGUGCAGCUAAGCUGACCGUAGAAGAGCCUUCAGUCAAUUUCGUACUUAGACUUCCAGAAGUUAUUGUAGUUCCUGCUAAUACUGAUGCUUACUUAACAGUCGAAAUACCUGAUGAGACACAAGAGGUAAUAUGGUACAAAAAGAAAUCCGUGUUGGAAGACACGGAAAAGUAUACACUUAUAUCAGACGUCAUGAAACGUACAUUAAUAAUAAGAAAAUGUACUGAAGAAGACCAACAUGAAUACUCUUGCACAUUAUUAGAUGCCAAGUGUUCCACAAAACUGAUUGUAGAAGUUCUAGAAUCUCCACCUCGCAUUGUUGAGUACGAUAAGGAAUACAGAGUAAAACGAGGCAAUGAUGUGGUUCUGAAUGUACAAUAUGAAGCUAUACCACAACCUAAUGAUGAAUGGGUAGUUAAUUCGAAAAUUAUUAAGAAAACGAAGCACACCAGACCGCAAAUCGAUUCCGUGUGCGCCAGCUUAACAAUUAAAAAAGUUGAGCAUACGGAUGCCGGAGUUUACAAACUUAGGCUUGAAAAUAACUGCGGAGAAGCGGAAGUAGACGUUUCCGUCGUGGUUUUGGAUAUACCAUCACCGCCUGGAAAACCAAACAUUUUGGAGACAAGUGAUACGUUCAUCAACAUUUGUUGGGAUGAACCAUCGGAUAAAGGUGGAUCGGAGAUAAACUUCUAUGUUGUGGAAUACCAAGAAAUAAAUACAUCAGAAUGGAUAUCUAUCGAAAAUAUAACUAAAACUCAACAUGCUGUGGUCAAUUUAAAAAAUAAAUCUUCGUACAGAUUCCGUGUAUAUGCUAUUAACGAAGUUGGUGUAAGUGAAUGCUCAGAAUCGACAGAAUAUGUCAGAGUAGAAAAAGUACUUAAGUUCCAACCACCUACUGUUGAGAAGCCACUGAAGGAUGUCAUCAGUGCACCAGAAGAAGAUGUGGAGCUGGUUUGCAUAUUUGGUGGUAUUCCACAACCCCAAGUGACAUGGGUAAAGGACGGUAUGAAACUAACAACCGCUAAAACUUCAUAUGAAAACAGAGUAGCUACUUUGGUCGUUACUUCUUCAGAAAAAUCAGAAGGGUUAUAUCAGUGUAUUGCAACUAAUGAACACGGUGAGGCUGAAACAUCAUGUAAUUUGGAAAUUCAAUUGAAACCUAUUAUUACAAUACCAGAAAAAGACAUAAACCAGAAACGCCGUGUAGGUGAAAAAUGGUCUAUAACGGCUAGUGUUAAGGGUAUACCUACACCAUCCAUCUGCUGGUACAGAAAUGGCUCUAAAAUUGAAAAAUCAAAGGAGAUUCAAAUAUCCUCUACAGAGGAGACCAGCACCAUUACAAUAUCUCAGUUAGAAAGAACUCAUACUGGCAAGUACACCAUUGAAGCUCAAAACAAAGCUGGCACAAGUACGGUUGAGCUCUCACUUCGGGUUUAUGACAAGCCAAGCAAGCCUGAAGGGCCAGUGGUUAUGAGAGAGAUCAGUCGUGAGUCUGUGACGAUUGAAUGGAAGCCGCCACUAGACGACGGAGGAUUGGAGCUGACCAAGUAUGCCAUCGAGAAGCACGAGCCGGAGACGGACCAAUGGAUCAAGGUGGCAGACGUCGACAAGAGCGUCGAGACCUACUGCAUUCAGAGGCUAAACGAGAACUGUGAAUACAUGUUCCGUAUAAUGGCACAGAACCCCAUCGGCUUCUCAGAGGCUCUGGAGAGCGAGCCUAUAGUGAUCAAGACUGCUCUAGACGUUCCAUCCCCCCCACUUGGUCCGCUCGGACUGUACGGAAUAGACAGCAAUUCCCUGACCGUGGUGUGGUACCCAUCGGAGAGGAACGGCGGGUCACCCAUCCUCGACUACAGCGUGGAAAUAAAACAAGAAGGCAAGAAAUGGAAGCAAGUGGCCACCGUUAACGAAACUCAGGCCAAAAUUGAAAAACUCAGUGUUAAUACUACAUACCAAUUUAGGAUAUGCGCAAGAAAUGAAAUUGGUACUAGUCUACCUUAUAUUUCCGAUGAAAAGAUUACCAUAGGAAAGACUUUAUCGCCCCCGUCGCAGCCGCGCAGCUUCGUGGUCCGGGAGACCACGUCCAGGUCCGUCACGCUGCAGUGGGCCGCGCCCGAGAGUGACGGAGGAAGCGUCAUUACAAAUUACAUUAUCGAGUACAAAAUACUGAAAGGCAAAUCAUGGAGCAAGGUAGUGACCGUGAGUGGGUCAGUGUACGAGCACUGCAUAGAGAACAUCAAGGAGAAGGAGCUGGUGUUCCGGAUCUCAGCAGAGAACGCUAUCGGAGUCAGUCUGCCCGCAGAGUCGCAGACUGUGAGCUUGGAGAAGCAUGCGACCGUACCAUCACCGCCUACCGCGCCGCUGGAAAUCCGCAUGGUGGGCAGCAACAUCGUCAUGACCUCGUGGGGCACGCCCGAGUGGGACGGCGGCGCGCCGCUGCUCGGCUACAACAUCGCCAUCAGGGACGUCACCAAGACCAUGUGGAUGGAGGUCGGCAAGGUCGACGCCCACACGCUCAAGUUCGCCAUCAGAGACUUGAACGAAAACCACACCUACAUGAUCAGAAUCUACGCCAGGAACGAAAUAGGCAUCAGCGAGCCGCUGGAGUCCGAUGAGCCCUUCAAGGUCGAACCUGGAGAAGAUUCACAUGCUGACGAAGAGGCUGGCGAGCACACGGAGGCUACGGAGCCCACGUCGUUCAGCACGCAGACCACGACGUCGUGGCUGCGCGACCACAACAUGGACGCCGACAUCCGCUCGUACGCGCGCGGCUCGCUGCUGCGCCGCGACGAGUACUUCUUCAGGAUAUGGCAUUACGCUAAACAGCUGUUCAAGUAAAGCGACGCCGUCGCACAAACGAUUACCUGUGAUAUUUAACGACAAAUUGUUCAUAGUUGGCGGAUUGCAGUGUUUAGACGUAAUCACAUGUCAGGCAGUGCGUCCAACCUCGAUUUUAUUAUUUUGUAAUUUUCUAAAGCGAUUUUGAUACUAUGAUAAUUUCAAAUAUUUAUUCUAGAUAAGAUUUAAAUUAUUUAUUUAUUUAAUUUAUUGUACCUAAUAGUAAUUCAAAAUUUCUGAUACAUAAGUUUGAAUCUCAUUCAAUAAAAUUUACGGGAGACGUUUUUAAAUAUAGGUGCACAUUUUCGAUAAAUUGAAUGAGGUUCGAAUAUAUUAUCAGAAAAUAUAAUUGAAAAUGAUAAUUUUAAUAAAAUAUUUUAUAUCUGUUAACAAUGA